AUCACGGUGUGGGUGUGCGUUAAUUAGGGUUGCCACGUUUCCUCUCUGGCCCUGCUCCUCUGCUUUUAAGACCUGCCCUGGCACACAGCUCUGCAAACUCGUUCUCUGGCAUUCUCUCUCUGUGUGUAAAAGUGUCACCUGCUCAACUUCUCUUUUGUAGGCCUGCUGCUUAAAAGCGCAGGAGCGGGGCUCAUAAGAAAAAAUUGGCAACCUUUGUUGGAAACGGGCCAGUCGUGUGCAGCUGCAGCUGGAGGAGCUGGUGGCCUCAGUGGCUGAGGCUGGUGAACCCUAUAAAAAUAAGCAAACAGGGAGCGCUCUGGCCCAGCGCAGCUGCCUUUUGCAGCUUCUCUAAAGCGGUAGACCCACCUCCUUCUCCCCCCCUCGCCACCCCUUUCCUCUCUCCCUCUGUCUUCUUCCUUGCCUGCCAAAAGCAGCUCGGAGUCGAGGCUGGCGUCCCCUCCACCCCAGCCCGUCCCCUCCCUCCCUUCUCCACUUUCUCCCCUCCCCUCGUCUCCUCUUUCCCCCACAAGGAAAGCACAGCCAAGCCCGUUCAGCCAAUGUGAUCCCCGGAAGGGUUUAGCUGGGGGUGGGGUGGGGAGGGGGCUUUCUGGGGUGGGGGGUGGAGAGAGAGAAGGAAAGCCAGUCUCUUUCCUCUUGCGCUCUCUUUCCGAAGUAGAAGCUCAGAGUCUGGAGGUGAGUGUGGGUGCCGCAAAGCCCGAGAACUGGGGAAGAAAUAAUAAUAAUAAUAAUAAUAAUAAUAAUAAUAACAUUGCUGCCCCAACACACACCCCUUUCCCCACGAUCCCAGAUCUCUUUUCUUUUUCUUUGCAGAGAGGAGGCAAUUCUGGCUGCACACGAGGACUGAGCCGGCCACCCUCCUCGUCUCAGGACCAAGCCGCCUGAAGGCAAGAUGUCCCAGCUGUCUGUCAAGGAACAUCUGGAUGGGAUUCUCUCUGACUUUGAAGGUAGGGCCAAGGGACCCAGGCGUCCGGACAAAGAAGUGUCACGCUCUCGCCCUCCCCAUCCAUAUGGUUUCUGCUAAGAGGGGGCGGGUUACAGUUCCAGAAGGCAGGGGGCUGCCUCCCUUUCCUGGAAAAUUUGCAAGAGAGAGAGAUGCACCAAAUGUUAAAGUGUGGGUGGUGGCAGAUCUGGGUCUGUGAAAUCCAGGAAACUUGGUGCUAUAAGCUUGGUGCUAUUUCUAACCCUCUUUUCAGAGGAGGAAAUUACCAAAGCAAACCUGCUGGAGUUUGGUGCUUAAUUUAUUUUUAAAAAGAAAAAAGUCAGGUGAAAGUUGACUGCACAGUCACACCCUGGGCUGUGUGUAACCAUGAUUUUGCAGGAUGCCGUAUUGGGUGCUAGAAACAGUUACCUGUGCAUCUCCAUAUUCUAGAAGGUUUCUAGUCCUCAUGCCUGCAAAGAUAUCAUUGAAAGUGUGUGGAUAGAAUAAUAUUUCAAGUGGGUGGGUGUGUGCUUUGGAGCCCUUUAUAGACCCUCCCCUCCCCUCUCCACCUGGUGCUUACAAAAUCAGACUAAAUUAAGCAAAUCAGUAUACAUUACCCCAAGAUGCAAAUUGCAUAAAUUGUGUAGGAUACAAGUUUCAGCUUUCUUGGUGUAGAAUUUGGAUACAGAGUUCAUAUGUUUUAAAUGUAGAGUGCACGGUCUCCUGGUCAAAAUCCAAAGCUGCCCUCUACUGAGCCAAUAUUCUCUAAACUGACUGGCAGCAGCUCUCUAGCGUCUCCAACAGAGGAUGGGGCUUUCCCUGCGGGAACUAUGUAAAAAAAAAAAAAAAGUUAUUUGGGUACUCCAGUCAGAGUUCAGAUUUGCUCAUGUAGCAAGCCAGUGAAACAGGGACAGAACCAGUGAUAAACACCACAGACUCAAGAUUGCAGUUGAAACGAAUCAGUCAGUUUAUUGAUAUGCGGUGCUUCAUUCAAAGCAUCUUAUCUUCACAUGGAAGAUAAUGACAUUCUGAACUCUGAAUCAGAUAGAAACAUAUAAUGCAAUAUAGAGUUGGGAUUGCAUGAGAAUAGCAUUAUAGUAGCACUAACAAAACAAUCCAUCAGACUGCUAUCUGCUAUCUGCUAUCCUAACUGAAGAUUUGGACCCCUGAUGUUCUCUAGCCCAUCCCACUGUGUCAUAGAAUUUCUACGUUCUGUAGUAUAUUCUCAUUUCUGUGUUUUGCAACAUAGAGUUUUGGAAUAAAGUUCAUGGUUACCCAGCCAGCCAGCUGGGGGGUGGGGUGGGGGAAUCACAUGAAGAAGAACUGAACAGAUUCCAAGCAGAGAGAGGCAGAGGCAGAUUCCUCUGAACAUAUUUUAUAUUAAUCAGGAAGAGGAUCAGGAGGCUGGAAUUUUCCAUCAUUUAUGUCAAUUCCAAUGUGCAUGUAGGUGAACCCUCUUUUAGAGACAGACCAAGGUUGAGGAACCUAUUUUUUCAGCUGAAGGUGACAUUCCUUUCUGGACAACCUCCCCAGGGCUUCAUACCAGUGGUGGGUGGGGCUAAAGGCAAAAGUAGGUGGAGCAAUGGAUGUUAAUUUUUACGUUUGUGUUUGUGUCUAAGAAGUUGGCCGGUUGCUUGCUCUGAACGGGGUUGUACCUUCUCCUGAAGGAGCAGGCAGGCAGUCUGGGAAUCGCUUCUGGACGCAGCCUUUGUCCUCUGAGACUAUAGGGAGGGAUGCUGGAGAAUUUUGAUGGAAAUGGAAGCGAAAGCUGCCGAUAUUUGCUUAUUCAUCCCAUGACUGAAAUGGAGAUCAGACCAGUGAAAACGAUUGGUAGUCUCUGUUCUUGUUGUCGAUCUGCAACAGAUACGUAAUUAUUGCAUUGCGCUAGAAUGAACAGUGUGGCAUAAGAAUGGAAUUAAUUACAUAAAAUUCUGCCACAGCAGACAGUAAGAUGAGUAGUGCAGCUUUUGUUGGAAGCCAAGCUUCAGAGGAAUGGAAGCAGCCUUUAAGUGUGAACUGAAUUGAAUUUCUUCCCUAGAUCUGGUUGUGCUCACGCCCUACUUGUAGACUACUCAUUGGGGUAUCUGGUUGGCCACUGUGAGAACAGAGUGCUGGACUAGAGGGCCUUUGGCCUGAUCUAGCAACCAGGUUCUUCUGGUGGUCUUCCUCCCAUCUGCCCUUGUACCAUCUCGCUCCCCUUCCCACAGCUUGACUUGGCCCAGCACCAGGUGUCUAGAUUGAAAGCUUCUUGCAGGCAGGGACCUUGUCUUCCCAUGCUAGCUAAAGCACCAUGCACAUACAGAGUGCCAUAGGGAUAAGUGCAUAUAAUACUUGGGAACACCAUGUUGUAUUGUUGGUGCAUCUAGCUCAGUAUCGUCUACACUGACCGACAGCAGUUCUCCAGGGUUUCAGAAUGGGUUCUUUUCUGGAGAUGUUGGAGAUUGAAGGUUGCAUCCAACAUUCCCUUGCGGACAACCUUCUGGAAGCUCACAGCAGGUAGGCCAGAGACAAAAGUGGGCGGGGCAAAGAAUACAAUAAUAAAUAAUAAUACAUUUUUAUUUAUACCCUGCCCUCCCCGGCCAGAGCCGGGCUCAGGGCGGCUAACACCAGUAAAAUUACAAUAAAAACAUAAUAGGGGGGGAAACAAUUUAAAAUACAGGUUAAAAAUACAAUUUAAAAUGCAGCCUCAUUUUAAUAAUAGCCCAUAGAUCAAAGCCAUAAGGGGAGGGCAACAUAAGGGUCAGACUGAGUCCAAAUCAAAGGCCAGGUGGAACAGCUCUGUCUUGCAGGCCCUGCGGAAAGAUGUCAAGUCCCUCAGGGCCCUGGUCUCUUGUGACAGAGCAUUCCACCAAGUCGGGGCCACUACUGAAAAGGCCCUGGCCCUAGUUGAGACAACUCUUCCGUCUGUACAGUAAGCUACAUUCAGCCAUGCAAAUGUCAAGAGGUUCCUCUAUAUGCACUUGCUUCUCUACCCAGGCAAGCGAGAGGCAUUGUCCCAGCUAGCCACUCAAGGAAGGGGUGGACCAUGAGCAGAGAUGGGUGUGACCUGUGGGAGACUCCCAAGAACCGGAUACAAAUGGCUGAAUCCAGCCCCUGGGCUAGAGGUUCUACCCUCCCCACCUAAACUGCAUAAUACUCAGUAUAGAUCCAUUGGAAUUAAUUCACUGAUAGCUAGCUAUGCUCUACCUCCACUGUUGGAGGCAGUGCACCUCUGGGUACCAGUUGCUGGAAUUCACAAGUGGGGAGACACUGUUCCUCUGCCCAGGUCCAGUUUGCAGGCUUCCCAUUGGCCACUGAGAUCAGGAUGCUGGAUCAGAUGGGCCUGACACUUUUCAGCUCAUUAGUUUCAGCAGGUCUACUCUUGAGUAUGCCUUAGUUUGAUUCAGCCAUGAACUUUGAGUCUUCUGCUUGCAAAGCAGAGUCUCCACCAUUGAGCUAUGGCCUCUCCCAUAACUGGAUGAUGAAGAUAAUGAUUAUGAUUCCCUAAAUGAUGAUGAUCCCCAGGGCUGUCUCAUCCCUUGUCGUGAUCUCAGCCGAGCCUUUGGCUUUGUCGAAAGCAGCAAAGUCAGGCUUAAACCUCUGCAAAUAUAGAGUGAGUGCGCGUUAAUCAGAAGAAAAUUUGACCUGGUGAGUGUGUGAAAUAUAUGAUGCCUCUGUGUACUUUAAUGUGUUUGUAUAAGGGAUUUCAAUAUGCCAAGGGCCCUUUGGGUGUGUACUUUAAAGAUGGAAUUUGUGAAAAACUCCUGCAGUAGAAUCCCACCCCCAACCACCUCCGUUUUCUUGCUUCCACCGUUCCUGAAAGAAAUAUAUUCACCCCACCUCUCUUUGGCCCAGAUGAAAAUGAACUCUGCCCAACCCAAAUAUCAGGGACCAUGGCCCUCUGCCCAUCUUGAUCCAUCAGAUAUUUGGGCACCUGUGUUGGAAACACCCGCAUGAGUUGGGCGAAAGGACUUCUUCACACAGCACAUAGCUGGACUCUGGAAUUCAAUCCCACCAGGAGUGAUGGCUACUCACUUGGAUGGCUUCUAAGAGGAUUAGAUGAAGCUGUAGAGGCUAAGUCAAUCAGGGGCUACUGGUCAUGGUGGCUAAAUGUUCUUUCUCCCCUUUCAGAGGCACUCUGAAAUGCCAUUUACUGGGAACCACAAGUGGAGAGACUUGUCCUUCAGGUCCUGCUUGCAGACUCCCCAUAGGCAUCACCAUGAAAACAGGAUGCUGUGUUUUAUGCCCCAUUGGCCUGAUCCUGCUGGCUCUGAGAUAUAAAACCAUGCUAGUCAGUGCAGGCAGAACCGAGGGAGGCAGAUGAACAGUUGGACUCUGUGUAGAGACUUGGCGAAUCAGCCCAUUUUGGUUCCUCACCUUUUCCCAAUCUUAAAUUCAGUUUUCCACAUUUCCACAGCAGUUUGAAAUUUAUUUUUUUUUUUAAAGUUCUAAUGAAAAUUAAUCAGCACUUCAUUGCGGACUUCUUCUAAUACACCAAUUUGUAUAUGCAGUUUUGACUAAGUGCUUAUCCACAAUUACUCCCCCCCCACUUUUUCCAGGCAUGGUCCUCAAGUUAUAUCUCUGUGUGAGUGCACUUUUUUUCUCCGAAGCUUUCCUUGCAAAAACCUGCUCUUUAGAGCUUAAUCAGAACAAACAGCAAUCUGCAGAAAAGCUGAAUUUACAUUUGCUCCGAUUCAGCUUUACUGGGCAGGUUUUUGUGGGGAAAGCUCGGUUGUGGGGGACGACCCCACUGAAACACAAAGCAUUAAACCUCUGCCUGAAAAGAGUGCGGAAAAGAGUAUGGAUAAGCCCAAAUACCUGCAAAGCAAUUUCCCCUAAUAUAAUUCAUUUUUGUAUGUUAGUUUCAGAACUAUGUGCAUGUUCUGUGCACAUUUUACUUUAGCAUAUGCAUAUUUGUAUACAUUGCUGGAGAGCUGCAUUGCAAAAUUUGGAGGAGUGUGAAUUUCAAAAGAUAGCUGAGUUUAGGUUUCGUGUCUCAUUUUGGAAAGUGCAAAUUAGGUACGUUCUCCUUUAUAAAUGAGCGGAAUCAAAUUUCUCCCCCAUCCCUAACUUAGUGCAAGGCAUUUUCUAGAUGUGAUAAUUAAGUAGAACCUCCUCAUUUCAAGGUAGUAUAUCUGUGAGUUCCCGAAACCGAGUAGACCGCCUACCUUCAUGCUGUGCCUGUUUGAUCUCUGGAAUCAUCUGGUUGUCUACUUUGGGAGACAAGAUAUGUGUGACUAGAUGGACUUUAGGUCUCCGUGAAGCAGGAACAAGUGUAGCCUAGAGAGAGUUCUGAGGGCCAGAUAGGAAGGUCUAGAGGGUUGUAUUCAGCUCCCAGGACUGAACUUCCCUACCCUGAUAUAGCUAUGAAUGGGAUGGAAUGGAACCUCAAGAGCCAGCAUGGUGUAGUGGUUUGAUUGUCAGACUAGGACCUGGGAGACCAGGGUUCAAAUCCUCACUUCGCCAUGAAAUUCACUAGGUAACCUUGGGCCUCUCAGCCUAACCUACCUCGCAGAGUUGUUGUGGGAGUUAAACUGGGAGAGGGAGAGCCAUAUAUACGGCCUAUAGCUCCUUGGGGGAAAUAAAUACUGCUCGGCACAAUAAUAAUAAAUAAUAAUAAAAUUUUAUUUAUAUCCCGCCCUCCCCAGCCGAAGCCGGGCUCAGAGCGGCUAACAACAAUAAAAGUAACACAACAAUUAGACUAGGGCUGCACAUACAUCAUACAUUUAAAGCACCCCCCAAAAAAACCCCAUAAUCCUGGGAACUAUAGUUUAAGGCUGCUGGGAAUUGUAGCUCUGCAAGCAAUAAAACUACCAUUUCUAGCAUUACUGCAUGCUUGCUUUAGAUGGCUGGUGUGUACACAACCCAAAUGACUCCCAAGAUCCCUUCCAACCACAUAAUUCUACGAAAACCCUUGCACAGAGCAGAGGAUUCUGGUCUGGGUUGUUGGCAGUGAGCAACCACUCUGUGUUUGGCAGGCAGCCACUCUGGAGAGCAGCUGUUUGCACACACUGGGUUGAAAUGCAGGUAAUUAACCCAGCCCCACCAUAGCAUUAAGAUACCGAAUUAUCCUGAAGAGUCUCCACAGUGUGUGUUGGGAGGAGGGGGAGACCGGCUUGUGUGUGCUCACAGAGAGCCUACAAUAACCAGCUUGUCUCUGUUAAGACAGGAAGGGGGCGAGAGGGAAGGAGUGGGUUAGGGAGAGAGAAGGCAGAAAAGCAAAAGAACAAGCGGCUUCCAAUUACCAGCUGUUGCUGUCGCAGUGUCUCCACUUCAGCAUUUCACAGAUUGUAAUUAAGGAAAGUUUUGGAGCGGAGAGAGCAGAGGCUUGCAGGCAGGGCUUCUGCGGUGCUUAGAUUACAAGAACUGUUCAGGACAUGGCAAAGCACAGAACAGCAAGCCCUCUUUGAGAGGGGAUCCGUGGGUUAGGAUGAUGGGGGCAGACUCAUGGGGAGCAUGGCUAGACAAAAUGGUUGGGAGGGAACUCCUGAGGUUUUCACACAGGAGUCCAAGUAUCAAAAAUUGUGGAAAUAAACAGGAGGCAAAAAAGGAUCUGGGGAGGCGUGCAAGUCUACCAGUGGGUAUCAGCUAUGACCAUUAUCUUGUGCUCAGGUCCUUUCUGUGGACUUCCCAGAAAAGGCAUCUUCUUGGCCACUGUGAGAACUGGACUAGAUGGGCUCUUCUUAUGAUCUUACAUGCGCACACAAAGUCCAAAAAGUCCAGUCUUGUCGCCUUUAUUUUCUGGCCCUGCUCCUGUGCAGUCAGGUGCUCCAAAAGGUAGCCGUUUUUCCUGACAUUGAUCAAACGAUGGGCAAACCAACCCCAAAGAUCAGAGGAAUGGAGGAACUCAACCCCCCUCUUCCCACAAACACAUUUUAAAAGGCUGUGGAAUAUUAAUCAGCCCAAAGGCCUGGGUUAAGAGGAAGUAUGGAUAAGCCCAUAGCCAUGGCCACCAACUUGGAUGGCUUUAAGAGAGUGGCGAGACAAAUUCAUGGAGAAUAAGGCUGCCCAUGGCUACUAGUCACCAUGGCUACACCCUAUGUCCAAGAUCAGAGGCGGCAUGCCUCUAAAUAUCAGCUGCUGCUGAACAACCGGAAAAGUGGACUGUUCUGCUCAUGCCCUGCCUGCUGUCUUUCCUUGAAGCUUCCUCCAUUGCCAGAGGUCAUUUGCCUCUGAAUACCAGUUGUUGGGAAUCACAAGUGAAGAGAGGCUUCCCUUUGGAGCUCCUGACUGGCCGCUGUGAGAACAGGAUGUUGGACUAGGUGGCUCUAGUAGAGCUCUUCUUGUAUUAAUCUUUGGUUUUCACUGUGUCCACAUGAAAGACAAAAGAGGACAGGCUGUGCCCAAAAGGCUCUGAUCUAAUCUGGGAUCUGCUGGAGGAAACAGCUGACUGCCAUUUCCCCCAAACACAGGGCUCCAUGGAAGAGUAUGGGAAGAGAGGAAGCAGCCUUACAUUGAGUCAGAACAUUGGUUCAUCUAGUUCAGUAUCCUCUACACUGAUUGGUAGUGGAUGGUUUCAGACAGGAAUCUCUCCCAGCCCAACCUGGAAGUGCUGGGGGUUGCAUCUGGGACCUUCUGCAUGGGAGGCUGUUGCUCUGCCUGAGUCUUGUGGUCCCACACUGCAGGGGUUUGUGUGGUGGUAUAGAAAGGUGUUUUCUCAGCCUUCCCCUUCCACAAAUGUGCGAUAUGGUGUCAGAAGUACCACUCUUAGAUAGCUUCUGGCUAUGAGUUAGUGGAGUGCAAAGUGCUUUAAAUGGAGCCACCUUUCUCUCCCCCAAUUUUUUUUUAAUGCAAGAUUUUAGUCUUUGGCUGUAAAGGUGUGUUUGAAAGUAUGUGAGUUUUCACUAGGCAUUGCCCACACACUUUGAGAAGGCUAGAAGCCACAGCCCUGAGGACUAAAAAACCUUUCUUCUCAAGAAGCUGAGUUCUGCACCCACUGCAUUCUUAUUCUGCAUUUUCCUCUGCUCCUGGAGAACUGUGAACACACUUUGCCAUGAGUUUCAAGGAGCGUGUAUGUGGGCGAUCCUGUUGAGCUGAUGAACAGACUUCCUUUCCCCCUGGCUGCUGUGGAUCACGGCAACCAUGUGGGGGCAGGAAAAGGAGACGGGUUGGGGGAAGCCAUCCCAUCUAGAAAUCCUUUGCUCACCAAGCGCGAGCAACUGUGUGCAAUACUGUUAUUGCUUCCAAAGGAAUGCACCCACACCUAUAAUUACUGGCAUUAACCUUUCAGCCAUCAGUCCUCUCCACUGCUAGGGAAGCCACAUUCCAGAGAUUGGGUUGCAUUCACUGGGUCAGGCCAGAACGAGUACAAAACAACAACAACAACAACAGCAGCAGCAGCAGCAGCAGCAACAAAUCUCACUUCUGGAUGGGUGGCAGAGGAGUAGAGGAAUAGCUGCUGUUAAAUGCGCAAUUUCUCGGGGCCAGAUUACUGCUACUGCUACUGAUAAUAAUAAUAAUUUAUUAUAAUAAUAAUAAUUUAUUAUUUAUACCCCGCCCAUCUGGCUGGGCAUUUUUUGCCCUACCUGUAUCAGCUCCAGAAACAGCCUCUGUCGCCACACAAGCAGCAGCAGUAGUCAUCAAUGUAGGGACAGACCAACCAUUACUUUUCUGCACCCCAAUUCUCUUCCUGAAGAUGGUCGGGAAGGAUUGCAUGGAGAGAAAGAGAGAAAAGCAGCUGUGUUGUUUGUCCGUGGGUGGUGGUGGUUUGAGAGCACAGUGGCAGAAACAUCUACCCUCUGACAGUGGAGCAGCAGUGGCUGGUGACCAUUGGGAAUACUAGGGCAGAAGGCAGAGAGUUCAAGAGGAGGGAAAGCCAGAGCCAAUAACCAGCAGAAGCAGCCCCUGACUGGUUGCAAGCAAAAAGGCAGGGAGGUGGGAAGAGGCUAAAGCUGAUGGGGUGCUGGCCCCAUUUGCCCUCAUGGACUAACCUCCAAUGCAGUGGAGGUGCAAAACGACACUUGAAGAAGGUGCAAAGCAGGGCUGGUGAGCGAUGUGACCUGGAUAAAUUGGACGCCGAGUGGGAAUAAUCCCAGGAGCAUUCAGCUCCUGGAUCUGAGGUUCCCGUUGGAGUAUGUCACAAAUAAAUAAAACAGGAACACUCCUGUAACACCCUGAAUACCCACAUCUCAGCUCUCGGCCUGCUUUGCUUCCCUCUGCUUUUCUUCACUGACUCACAGCCAUAUUCAUUUAACUCUGCAGUUAGGAACAUAGAACAGAGCCUUUAUAUUGAGUGAGAUCACUGGUCCAUCUAGUUCAUUAUUGCUUGCGCUGACUGGUAGCAGCUCUCUGGGGAUUCAGACUGGAAUCUCUCCAAGCCCAACUUGGAUAGGCCAGGGAUUGGACCUGGGUCCUUACGCAUGCCAAACAGAUGCUCUGUCCCUGAGCCUUGGCUCUUCCCCACCCUGCAAUGGAGCCGGGCGGUUGCAGGGUUUAGAAAGGCUGAUUUGGUUGGCACCCAGUCCUGAGAGGUGGCUGGAUUGACACGCACGCUGCGUGAGUGUCCGGCACGAGAGCUUGAGGAGCCCCCUGGCCCUCCAAGUCGGCCUUUUGAUUCUGUGUUGACAAUGACAAAGUGUUUUGUGCCACCCCCUCUGCCUAGUUCAGGGGUCAGCGCAGAGUCGCCAGGGGUUCAACCUCUGAGGGCAGCGCAGGGCAAAGUGCAGAAAUGGAUUCCUCUCCUCGCCCCGAGGGAGGUAGUAAAUGUUAUAGCUUGUGAUGGACACUCCAGCCAAGCAGGUAGAGUCAAAGGCGGCUAGAGGAGAGGAACAAAAAGAAAGAAAUGGUUUUCUUGACAUUCCUACAGGAGAAGGCUUGUAACGCAAUGGUAAGAGCAUCUGCUUUGGAUGCAGAUGGUCCCAGGUUCAAUCCCCGGCAUCUCCAGGUAGGGCCAGGAGAGACUCCCUACCUGAGACCCUGGGGAGCUGCUGCCAGUCAGUAUAGACAAUAUUGGGGUAGAUGCACCAUUGGUGUUAUUCGGCAUACUAGAGGGCUGCAGCUGAGUGGUAGGACACCUGCUUUGCAUGCAGAAGGUCUCUGGUGUUCCUAUGCUGCUAGGCAAGUAGGAAUCUCCUCCAGACCACCAGACACACAGGGUUGUUUCCAAUGUUAGUCCUACUCAGAGUAGGCCCAUUAAACUUAGUGGUCAUUGUUAAUUUAGAUUCACUGGGUCUAGUCUUGAGUAGAAGUUAGAGAGGAGAAAGGAGCUUUUUUUCAAAAAAAAAAUCUAUUACAAAUCACUAACAUAAACUUGCUUCAGACGUUCGUUGUUGUCUUUGAGAUUUAUCUGGGUUCUUGUGGUCUUUCUUAUUUUUUGCAAAGCCAAGGCUACAAUUCUACACAUGCUGGCCUGGGAGCAAGACUAAUUCAGCUCAUAGAUAUGGACAAUAUUUCUUGCUUGGGGUUGGUUUGUUGUGGUGGGGGAUUGUGGAAGGUGGAGGAAAUCAAUGGGUGGUGCGAAUAAAUUGGAAUAGUCAAACAUCAGCUUGGGACAUUUUAGCUUAGAGAAAAAGCAAGUUAAGAGGAGACACGGUAGAAAUUUAUGAAAUGUACACAUGGCAUGGAGAAGAGUUUUGCUCCCUCUCCGAUAAGCCUGGAUCUUGUGGCGAUCCAUCGGGACAGAUAAAAGAAAAACUUUCAUCGUGCAAUGUAUAGUUAAUCUAUGGAACUCUCUGCCACAGGAGGCAGUGGUGGUCGCCAACUUGGAUGGCUUUAAAAGAGGGUUAGCCAAAUUCAUGGAGGAGAGGGCUUAUCGAAGGCAGAAAUGCUUCUGAAUGCCAGUUGCAGGAAGCCUCAGGAGGGUUGGGUGCUUUUGUGCUCAGAUCCUGCUUGCUUGUGGCCCACAGGCAUCUGAGAACAGGAUGCUGGACUAGAUAGGCCAGCAUGCUCUUAAGUUUGCUUUGCCUUCCUGCCUAAGCAAAGCUCCUUCCUUCCUCACCAGGUGGCUGUUUCCUAGAUGAGACCUGGCAGCACACAUUCCAGGCCCAGCCAGUAUUCAUUUAGCAGCGCCUUGGGCUUGUUGGAGCAAGCUCUCAUGCCUGCUUGACUCCAAUAGGAAACCCCUCUUGUGCCCUUCCUUCCAGGUGGAACCUCACCUUCUCUUUGAUUAGCUUGGAAGAUCCACUUUCACCUCCAAAAGCCACAGGGCUGGCGAGGAAGUAGAUCAGCUGCAGAGACACCUGCAUGUACCUCUGUGAGCCUGUCAGGCCAGAGAUCCCUCCAGCAUAUAAUUGAUCCCAUGUGGCUGAUGAAUUGGGGCAGAGGGGAUUCUCUAGGACAGAGAUUGCUCCAGAGCUGGGAGUGUGUUGGGAAUGAGGAGUAUCUGUCCUAUCAAGCCAGAAAGUGGGGGAGAGUACAGUGGUACCUCAGGUUAAGAACUUAAUUCGUUCUGGAGGUCCGUUCUUAAUCUGAAACUGUUCUUAACCUGAGGUACCACUUUAGCUAAUGGGGCCUCCCGCUGCCCCCGCGCAAUUUCUGUUCUCAUCCUGAGGUAAAGUUCUUAACCUGAGGUAAUAUUUCUGGGUUAGCGGAGUCUGUAACCUGAAGCGUCUGUAUCCUGAAGCGUCUGUAACUCGAGGUACCACUGUAGGUUUCAAGAAGGACUGUGGGGCCUGCCAGCUGCUGUUUCCAGCUUCUGCCAUCAGUGCUGGUUCUGACUUCUAAAAAGUCUAUCGCAGAAAAGUCCAGUGGUGAGUGCUUGCCAUUCCUUUAGCCCAAUUUAUUUUAUAAAAUUUAUACACUGCUUGAAUGUAAAACAGGGGAAAAACCUCAAAAGAGUUGCAGUGUUAAAACCACCUCAGUCCAUGAAGCUCACUGGAUACCCAAUAAACUGUAGUGUAUACACAGCCUAACGUCUCUCUGAAAUGUUCUUAACCAACCCUGCUGCCUUGGGGAAUCCUUCUGUUCCUACUGCUGAAUGGGACCAAUACAGCUGCCCCCCAAGUCCGGCCCUGAUGGUGCCACUGCCUUCCACAGCCUAGGAGGCUAGGAGGAAAUACAUUGCUGGCUUUAUUGAAGUUUAGCUGCAUUUUUUCCAGUCCAUUGUUUGUUUAGGGUAUGCGGUCCUGUCUCUCCUGCCUCCAGCAGGCAGUGGCGUUCCCAUCCCCACCAGGGAGAAUUCAAACAGCCUGGCAAAAAAGGCAGCAUCACAUUUCAGAAGCUGUCAGCGGCGCUGACGGAUGGCUGGAGUCCCCUUGGGCUAGGAUGCUGGCAUCGCCGGACACCAGCUGGCGCUUCAAACACUGCGCCCGGGAAGCCCUGGCGCUUUGAGUGUGUAGCCCUCUCCAUCCCUGAGGCUCUGGGUGGCUUGUAAUUGGAAAGUGCAUACCAAGAGGGCAGCAAAUGGGGCUCUUUAGCUUAGAGAAAAGGGCAGGGAGAGGCGACAUGAUGGAAGAUUAUAGGAUUAUGCCUGGCAUGGAGGAAGCAGGCAGAGUAAAGUUUUUCUCCCUCUCUCACAGCACUAGAACUCAUGGGCAUCCAAUGAAGAGUAUGUUGGAAGAUUCAGGCCAGACAAAGGAAAAGCCCUUCUUCCUGCAGCGCAGAGUUAGCCUUUGGAACUCCCUCCCACAGGACACAGGGAUGGCCACCAACAUGGAUGGCUUUAGAAGAGGAUUAGACAAAUUCAUGGAGGAGAAGGCUCUCAAUGGCUGCCAGAUAUGAUUGUGAUGCUUUGCCUCUGCAGUCAGAGACAGAAAUGCUUUUGCAUCCCAGCAGGAGGGGAGAGGGCUCUUGUGCUUGAGGGUUUCCUACAGGCAUCUGCUUGGCCACAGUGAGAACUGCAUGCUGGACUAGAUCAUAGCUGUCAACUUACAGAUUUGAAAAUAAGGGACCAGCAGCCUCAAAAAUAAGGGAUCAGCAGCCAAAAUAAGGGAUUUUCCAGGCACAUGUAUGUUCAACUUCUGAGCCCCUCCGAACCAAAGGCAGAAAGCCCAGCCAUCAGCCAAACGAAGCCUCAUCAGUAAGGGACAGCAGCAGGACAUGGCGCUGGGAUAAGGGACUGUCCCGCCAAAUAAGGGACGCUUGACAGCUAUGGACUAGAUGGACCACUGGCCUGAUCCAGCAGGUUCUUCUUACGUAGUACAUACGCAGCCAAUUUUUAUUUUAUUUUUUACACACACAAAAAUGCAUAUUCCCCCUCCAUCUGCCAGAGGUUCCCCAUCCCUGGUGAAAAAGAUAGGAACCUAGACCUUAGCCAUCCCAAAAGCCACAUGCAUUUUUGGCCUCUCCUCUCGCAAACUGCGAACUCUCGUUUGCCCCAGUUGCCCUGGUUAAACUGGGGCAGCCACCAAAGGAGCGAGGAGGGAAACAGUUCAGGGAGCCAGAUCUGAUUACUCGGGGAUGCCUCAGGCAGGAUCCUUUACAUGCUGCGGCUGGAGGUGAAUAAAGCGGUUACUGUGUUGUUGCUCCCCCUGCCCCCGGGAGGCAUUUUUAAGCAGAUGACACAGAUACGGUAUCGCAGGGGAGAUAAAACACAGAAACAAUUAGAUGCAGGAGAUUAGAGGCCUCAGGAGUAGAUCCAAGAGUCGACUCUGGUUUCCCCUUUGGGAGAUGCUAACAAAACCGUCUGUUUGAAGGAGGCAGCCAAUAGGGGAGCCUGCCUUCCUCUUGCCAGCUCUCCCUUCCUCCCUCUAGUUCGCUGAGAGAGCACCUGCUUGCAGAGGGUCCCAGAAUCAAUUCCCAGCAUCUCCAGGUAGGGCUGGGAAUCUUCCCUCUCCGAAACCCCGGGGAGCCACUGCCAGUCAGUGUGGAAAAUAAUGAGCUAGAUGGAUUGCUGGUCUGUCUCAGUAUAAGGCAGCUUCUGAAUUAAUAUAGCCCUUGAUCCAGAACCAUGAAGACUAGAUUCUUACUUUACUUUGAGCAAAGGCUCAAAGUGCUAGAGUAUUUGCUUUGCAUGCAGAAGAUCCCAGGUACAAUCUCCAGCCACUCUGGAUAGAGCGGGGAGAGAUUUCCAGCCUUGAAACCCUGGAGAGCUGCUGCCAGUCAGUGUAGACAAUACUGAGCUAGAUGGACCAAUGGCCUGAUUCAGUGCAAUGCUGCUCCCCUACAUUCACACAGAGAUAAAAGAUGGGGGAUAUCCAGUUAAGGUCACACUCACAGCACACAUUUAAAACUCUCUUAUAAUCCUUGAAUAGUCAUGACUUCCCCAAAAGAAUAUUGCUAAGGGUCCUGGGAAGUGUAGUUCCAUGAGGGUUCUCAUAACAACUCUCAUCAACUCUUAACAAACUACAGUUCACAGGGUUCUUUGGGGGAGCUAUGGCUGUUCAAGAGCUGCAGCCAGAUGACAGCUUUUCUUUUCCUUGCCAGUGACUCAAAUGCUCUUUAGAAGAGGGAUCUACUGCUCCAGGUGUGAAUGUGGGAUGUUUUCUGGCCUCUUAAGUUUCUGCAUGAGUCCAAAAGCCUGCAAGACCUCAAUAAUAAUAAUAAUAAUAAUUUAUUAUUUAUAUCCCGCCCAUCUGGCUGGGUUCCCCCAGCCACUCUGGGCAGCUUCCAACAAAACACUAAAAUACAAUAACCUAUUAAACAUUAAAAGCUUCCCUUUUAAUGUUGGGCUGCCUUUAGAUGUCUUCUAAAAGUUUGGUAGUUAUUUUUCUCCUUGACAUCUGGUGGGAGGGCGUUCCACAGGGCGGGCUCCACUACCGAGAAGGCCCACUGCCUGGUUCCCUGUAACUUGGCUUCUCGCAGCAAGGGAACCGCCAGAAGGCCCUCGGCGCUGGACCUCAGUGUCUGGGCAGACUAGGAAAGAGGCAUGCGACCCUCCGAAAGGUUCUUGAGUUGACACUCUGCACUCCAGUCACAGCUGCACUGAAACCUUGGAUACCUGAACUGUUUUCUAUAGAGCAGCAAUCACUUCUCCACGAGGGAAGAAGGUGAAAUCUGCAUGUGUUGUUCUGUCUGCUUUUGUCUCCGGGCCCCAACCACCACUGUCAUUUGGCCCUCAGAAGGAUUUGCAGCCCUUAGGGCUGAAAAAAGAAUGUGGUCCUUUGCAUUCUGGGUGCUUGUCUGCCUAACGGGUAACUUCCUCUUAUCUUCUGCAGCCCUCAAGAGGUCCUUUGAUAUGGAAGAUGCUGAAGAGGUGCCGGCCUUCCCACCUUCCUCCCCAUCCAGGUCGCCCCUUGGCCCAAGCCCACCUGGUGGCAUCCACUCCACAGGCAACGGAGAAGGGAAAAGGUUGGGGCCCCCUAUCCAGCCCACGUAUCAAGCCCACAUCAGCCUGAGCUCCAGCCCCAGCCCAGCCCACAGCCCCAUUCUCAAGUCAAGAAUCGGGAGCAGUCUCUCUUUCAACCGAGGCACCACCCACCCGCCUCGGGCCAAUGGCACCAACCUCAACAGGGUCUCGUCCUUCCAAACACGGCUAAACCCCAACGGGCUCUCUUCAUCCUUGGGGCCAGAAAGCGACAACGAGAGCCUCCACAGCUCUUCCUCCAGCUUGGAGUGCCCUGUGGCCUCUAAAGGCCCCCGGAGCAGCACCCAGCAAUCCGAAUCUCUGGGAAUCGGGGCCUCCCACCUCCCUAGUCCCAUCCUAAAGAAGUUCUCCUCUUACGGCAACGUCUUCCAUGCUGAGGUGGGCCGACCCAUCCGGCAGGUCUCCAAGGCCACCGCCAACCACAGCUCAUUGCCGUCGCUUGACCUGCACAUUGCCGAAGACCAGGGACCAAGCCCGGUGCUCUGCUCCACGCCAAACAUGGAUCCUGCCAUCCUUCGGAGCUCCGGAAAACACAACUGCAUCUCCCCACUGCCGAAGAACAGCCUUCUGAUAAGAAAGGAGUCGCCCGUUCCUCCAUUGGAGGUAAGCCAGUUGGCAGCUGGGAGCCCUCCUGGUGUGGUCCCCAGGCAGACGACGAAGUUGCAGAAAUUUCCCAUCAGCCUGGAUGGAUUGAUUGGGAAGACUCCGGAGAGUAUCGUCCCAGCAGUGGUGACUGACUCUAGGUCCAGACCGUUAUCUAAGGCACAGCUUCAGGUGAGUCUUGGCACCAGCCCCGGACUGUCCCACCAACCCCAAGAAGUAGCCGGGGAGGAUAAAGCUGUCAUCAAGGACAGUGUUUCCCUGCCGCCAUCUUCUGGAACAGUUUCAGGGAUAGGAGGCAGUGAGGGUUUGGCAGUAGCGCCUCAGGCUGCUUCCUUCCGGCUGGUGUCAGAGCCUCGCAUAGCCCAGGUCACUUCUCAGCCCUCCUCUCUCGGGUACCAAGUGACGGUGCCUCCGCAAGGUAUCUCAGUUGUACCCAUCCUGAGAGAAUGCAGCGGUGACCCGGCCGAGAGGAUCGACUCAACUUUCUCCCAAGAGGCCUCCAAGCUUCAGACUCUGCCGUCGUCUUCUUGCACAAGGGAAGGUCUCCUUGUGGGAACAAACAGGCCUCUAGAGGUGUCCCUGGAGAAGAAGGAUUUACAAGACAUAUUGAAGGAAGGUAAGUGAAGUCACUGCAUACGUUUUGCCUGGAUUAAAAAAUAAAUAAAUCCCUAAUGCUCUUCCUCUGGUAAAAAACUGUUCAGGGAUUUUGAGAGCCUCCAAAAGAGGUUCAGUGGUUUCGGGAGAGCUUAUUUGGUGCCUCCCAGUUGCGGUUUUAAUUUCUGCAGUGGUAUGUUGAGGUCACUGUGGAAUUAAAGGCCACCCUCACCCCAUACUUUUCAAACCACUGUGAUACCACUUUAAACUGCCAUGGCUUCCCCCAAACAAUUCUGAGAGCUGCAGUUUGUUAAAAGGUGCUGAGGGUUUUUAGGAGACUGCAGUUUCCCUCACAGAGCUGCUAUUCACAGAGCGGCUUAACAGUCAAUUCCUCUUCCCAGGAAACUCUAGAAAUUGUAGCUCUAUGAGGAAAAUAGGGGCCUAGCGAGCAUCAGCACCCUUAACAAACUACAACUCUGGGGAUACUUUAGGGCAGGCAUGGCCAAACUUGGCCCUCCAUAUGUUUUGGGGACUACAACUCCCAUCAUCCCUGACCACUGAUCCUGUUAGCUAGGGAUGAUGGGAGUUGUAGUCCCAAAAACAUCUGGAGGGCCAAGUUCGGCCGUGCCUGCUUUAGGGGAAGCCAUGGCUCUUUAAAGUGGUAGCAUAGUGGUUUAAAUGCAUGGUGUGAAUGGGGCUGCAGCAGUGAGAGAAGAUGAGGGACCAAAGCAAAAAUUAGUGAUGGUGGUGGCCCUGACUAGUGAUGCCUGGUGCUGGCAUCUCAGUGCUGACACCUGCUGUCUAGGUCCAGCUGUGUGGGGACAGGCUGCUGGUUGUUUGUGACAAAGGGGACGUGCUCUGUAUGUGCCCCGGGGCACUUUACUUCCUUUUCUGUUUCCCCCAGUUCAGAAAGCUGAGCUAUGUAGCUUAGCCUCACUCCAGAACCUGCCAUUUAUAGUACACACAGAGAGAUUCCUUUGCAGUUUCAUCUUCUCACAUCCUCCUUUGCCCCAGGCAAUGAAUUUUUAACCCAACAUCGCAUUUAAUGUCUCUCUCUCCAAAACCUGCAGAAGAGAUAUGAGCCCCACCCAAGGAAGGGAACAAAAAGUCACACGUUUUGAGGGGCGUCCGUUCCUCGCCCUCUGUUCUCGGCCCUUCUAUGGCAUAUGGGGUUGAUUCCAAGCAACCAUUGCUUCUGGAAAGAGACCAUCAGCAGCGCUUGUCAGUCUUUACCUCCUUGCCCCAACCCCUCUGGCUGCAAAGUGUCUCACUUCCAGUGGUCUUGAGAGAGUGGGGGAGAGAGGGGCUGUUUCACCCAGGACCAGUGGCCUGGUGGUGUGAUUUUGAAGGACAUGAGUUCAUCAUGACAGCCCACAGCCAUGCGUCCCACAAGAAAUCAGACAGUGUAGGCAGGUAUGUUGGUUCAGUAUUACACACAAGGAGACAGCAGUACAUAGCACAAUACCUAAUCUAUUAAGACUAGCAUGACUGCAAUCCUUACACAUAUUUCCCUGGGCGUAAUUGCCGCUGGAACUCAGCAGCGGCUGGUUCCUGUUGAUGUUGAUGGAAGGCCACCUUCUCUUCCGCUACCAGUUGAGACAUAACCUCCAUAGCCCUCGCCCCCAUGGCUGUUCCCAAGCCGCCCACCUCCAUACACACCAAUCCCCAAUAGCUCAGAGGUGGAGCAUCUCCUUUGCCUGCCAAAGGACCCAGGUUCAAUUCCCAGCAUCUCCAGAUAGGGAUGGGAAAGAAGACUCAAUAGUGAGCUAGUCUGGGCCCAAUGGCCUGACUCAGUACAAGACAGCUGACCAUGUUCCUAUUUAAAUCAGCCCUUUGUUCAGAACCCUGAAGACGUGGUUUCUUUUUAGGGGAUGGGCUGUAACCCCAUGGUGGAGCACAUGUGUUGCUUGCAGAAAAUCACCAGCCUAUCUAGAUAGUGACGGGAACAAAGGCUGCUGCCUGGAGAGCCACUGCCAGGCAAUGCCAGCACUACUGAACUAAAAGGAACCAAUGGCAUGACUUGGUAUAUAAUAAUAAUAAUAAUAAUAAUAAUAAUAAUAAUAAUAAUUUAUACCCUGCCCUCCCCAGCCAGAGCCAGGCUCAGGGUGGCUAACACCAGUAAAAUUACAAUAAAAACAUAAUGGGGGGGAACAAUUUAAAAUACAGGUUAAAAAUACAAUUUAAAAUGCAGCCUCGUUUUAAUAGUAGCCCAUAGAUCAAAACCAUAAGGGGAGGGAAACAUAAGGAUUGGACUGAGUCCAAGCCAAAGGCCAGGCGGAACAGCUCUGUCUUGCAGGCCCUGCGGAAAGAUGUCAAGUCCCGCAGGGCCCUAGUCUCUUGUGGCAGAGCGUUCCACCAAGUCGUAUCCAGCUUCCAAAGUUCCUGCGAGGAUGCCGAGUGCUGAUGCGUUUCCUGUCCCGAUCCCCUGUGAUACACCAGCCUCUGUGGCCAGAGGCAGGGUUUCUCCAGCAGACAGACAUGAAAGGGGUUCCCCCAAAGGGCAGGAAGUUUGGAAGCCACUGCUUUUAAGACGAGCCACCCAGCUGUUUCCCCUGCAGGAAUGAGGGAUGCAGCUGGACUAUCAAGGUUGCUUGCAACGGAGGAGCCUCCGUUUCCAGAAUGUCAGACUUUUCCCCAAACCCAUUAUUCAUCUCAGGGCCGCUCUAGGCUUCCUCUCUUCAGAGGACAUGAUGUAGGGGGAAUCUGUCAAUUUCAGCUUCUCUCAGUUUCUCAUGUUUCCAAUCUUCACUUCUUCACAUUUCUACAUCACACACCCACACCCACACACACCAUCAUGAAAAUUCAUCAGCAUCUUCAUGUGAAUUUCUCCUAACAUACGCAUUUUUGCUUUAUGUGCACAUUUCUGCAAGCUGUUUCCCCUCAUGCAAUGCUUUUCUUUGUAUGUUAGGUCCGCCAAUAUAUAUGUGUUUUAUGCACAGUUUACCCACAUACAGUGGUACCUCGGGUUACAUACGCUUCAGGUUACAGACUCCGCUAACCCAGAAAUAGUGCUUCAGGUUAAGAACUUUGCUUCAGGAUGAGAACAGAAAUCAUUCUCCGGCGGCAGCAGGAGGCCCCAUUAGCUAAAGUGGUGCUUCAGGUUAAGAACAAUUUCAGGUUAAGAACGGACCUCCAGAACGAAUUAAGUACUUAACCUGAGGUACCACUGUAUACGGAUAUUUUGGUAAUGCAUUACAUGGCCACACGCCGCAGAAAUGCAUUGCAAGAUUGCAUGGAGAAGAGUGAAUUUUGGAAGACAGCCUUGUUUUGCUUUGCAUAUUGUUUUUGGAAAGGGUGGGUUAGGGAGGUUUGCAUUUAGAUGCAGACUGAAUGACUUUCUCCCCAUCACUAGAGAGGACACUGGGUCACUUGGAGAGAAGGCCAGGCCUUGGGCCACUUUGCUGCCUGCUCUCCCUUCCCUCGGGGUCAGCCAUAGUUUCUGCUCAUAGCUUUUCGAUGAGGCAGAUCUCGGUCAGUGUCUGGAUGGAAACUGGAGGAAGUUUACUUUCCAGAGCUUCCUCAUAUUUGAGGCAUUAGGAGGACAAAGCGGUUCUCUGUUUCAGUUUCUUCUGUGUCAUGUUGGCUGCACAGCUUCUUGUCUCUUGAGUUUUGGAAUGUGCUGGGUCUCUCCCCUCACAAACUGCUCAGAUAGGAACCGACCCAAAAAAAUCAGCCUAGUCUGGUAUCCUGUUUUCCCACAGUGGUCAGCACAAUGCCUUGGGGAAGCCCAAUAGUCAGUGGAGACCGUCCCUGGAGCUGGAGGUUCCAUCUAACUGUUAGGCAUGAUCCAGAGCCCCAAGCAAAAUUUCAUUUCCAUUUCCAAGCCUCCACUGUUUUUGGCAGCAGUGGAAUUACCGUAUUUUUUGCUCUAUAGGACGCACCCGACCAUAGGACGCACCUUGUUUUAGAGGGGGAGAACAAGGGGAAAAAAAUCUCCCCCUCUUUGCUCAGUGCCCCUUCAGCGAAGCAGCAGGAGAAACUGAGCCCCUUCCAUUUCUCCUCCCGCUUGGCUGAAGGGGCGCUGCGCAGCUCUCCCUCUCUGCUGAAGCCAGGAGAGUCUUGCUCUCCUGGCUUCAGCAAAAGGAACCUGAAGCCUGUGAAGCGCAGCAGGAAUUCGCGCUGCGCUCCGAAGGCUUCAGGUGGCUAUCCCUGAAGCCUGGAGAGCGAGAGGGGUCAGUGCGCACCGACCCCUCUUGCUCUCCAGGCUUCAGCGAAAGCAACGCGAAGCCAAGGAGCAUGGAGGGAGCGCUCCCUCUGCGCUUUGGAGGCUUCAUGUUGCUGUCGCUGAAGCCAAGGAGCCUGCAUGCGCUCCAUAGGAUGCACACACAUUUCCCCUUAAUUUUUGGAGGGGAAAAAGUGCGUCCUAUAAAGCGAAAAAUACGGUAAAUCAAAUUAGCAGCAGACCCAGUGCCAUGGUGGGUGGAACUCAGUGCUCUGCUGAGGAUGCAAAGUGCCCCUUCAUCAGUCAUCAGAAUGAUCGUUUGAUGAGUAGAGAGGAGGCAAUAGUUGGGGUUCCUUUGUGCAUCCAUCAUGUGAGAGAGUGUGGGUGGACACACCCGCUUUUGGCUACACCUAUCAUCAUCAAGCAGCCAAUGGGCGGAUGACAAAGACUGAAUGCUGCCCUCAGACCAAAAGAGAUUAGCUGCCUGUCAGUGUGGACAAUACUGAGCUAGAAAGACCAGUGGUCAGACUCUGUAUAAGGUAGCUCCCUAGGUUUCCUAUGUGUCCUCCAUGAUUUUAUCCAGCCCUCUUCUAGAGCUGUCUAAUUAAUGUGGUCAUCACUACAUCUUGUGGCCCAGAGUUCCAUAAGUUAUUUACUGAAAACGUUCUUCCUUUUGCCCACCCUGAGUCUCCUGCAAAUCAUUUGCAUUAGAUGGCCCUAAAAUCUAGUUAGGGGAGGAGGGGAAAUGUCACUCUGUCUCAGGCAUAGGCAAACUCAGCCCUCCAGAUGUUUUGGGACUACAAUUCCCAUCAUCCCUGACCACUGGUCCUGUUAGCUAGGGAUCAUGGAAGGCCAAGAACAUCUGGAGGGCCAAGUUUGCCUUUGCCUGCACUAUCUACUUCGUCCAUGCCUGCAUAAUCAACUUCAGUAAUGUGCCUUUUUACACCUUUAUUUUUAUAAACUUUUUUUUAAAAAGGCUCAAAUACUUUGUCCUUCUACCACAAGGCAGGUGGUCAAAUGCCUUACCUUAGAUCAUUUUGCUCGCCCUUUUCCAGUUCCCCAAUAUAUCUAUUUGAAGAUGGAGUCAACCCUGAACUGCACAUAUGGGGUUGUGGCCAGUGCUGGUCCUACUCAGAGUAGCCCUAUUGAAACAAAUGGCUGUAGCUCAUUUAAGUCAAGUACCUUAAAUGUGUUUACUCUGAGUAGAACAAAGCUAGAAUACAACCCACAGUGUUCCAAAUGGGACUGCUCCAUUCACACAACCUGGCUGGUAGGCGUUUGUCUGUCUCAAGGUCUGUGCCACCCUGCUUGCUCUGUUUGUCUCCCCCGCCCACCCACAUUAUCCCCUACAGCUUCCCCUUCCCCACACAGGUUGGUUAAACCCUUCUGGCCACCCAGUUUAUUUCUUACCCACAAUACCUCAGUGGCAGAAGUUCCAGAGCAUUGCAUUUUGGGAAAACUGUGGCGUCCAAGGGGAUGCGGGUGGCACUGUGGCUUAAACCACUGAGCCUAGGACUUGCCAAUCAGGUUGGUGGUUCGAAUCCCCGCGACGGGGUGAGCUCCUGUUGCUCGGUCCCUGCUCCUGCCAACCUAGCAGUUCGAAAGCAUGUCAAAGGGCAAGUAGAUAAAUAGGUACUGCUCAGGCGGGAAGGUAAACGGCGUUUCCGUGUGCUGCUCUGGUUCGCCAGAAGUGGCUUAGUCAUGCUGGCCACAUGACCCGGAAGCUGUACGCCGGCUCCCUCGGCCAAUAAAGCGAGAUGAGCACCGCAACCCCAGAGUCGGCCGCGACUGGACCUAAUAGUCAGGGGUCCUUUUACCUUACGGUGGUGUCCAGGGUGGAAAGAUCUUGGCAGGCCCCACCAAAAGGUGGAUCUGAGGGAGCGUGUGACCAGCAGAGCCACACCAGGGACACGGCAGCUAUGACAUCCAAUGGAAGGCGAGAGGCAGGGGGCACAGGAUUUUGGCGUCACACAAGGCAUUGCUGAAAUCUGAGACGCCAAGUUCUGCCACUGGCCCCACAACCACCACUGGCUGGACCUCCAAGUGCCCAAGCGUGACAAGCGGCGACGCCUGAUCCGUGGGAAACAGUACAGUACACAAAGACACACACCUGAAAAACUAGAGUUUAUCAGGGGUAAUGGUGGGAUGAGUCAGAUCAAGCGCCGAGCUCUCUGCUUCAACCCGCCUUCAGCAACUUAUCAUCUGUCUUCAUCCUCAAACGAGCUCUUUAUCGUAACUGUUUGUUUGCCCAGAUGAGGCAGGUUAGGACAAAAAAAACCCGCUUGUUUCUUUUGCUGAUCCUCAGGCUGGGCUGUUGUUUGGGACACAAUGAUUUUGUACCUCUGCCAGCUCUGAUUGUGUGUGUUCUCUCUCCCUCUCUCUCCAAUACACACAAACACCAUUUUUCUUGAUUCUCCUGGUUUCCUUGGCUUGGGGACAAGUUCUGAAGUCUUUUUUUACUCCACCCUGCAACUAGAGGAGGUGGCAGAUGUCCAAAUAGUAUUUCUUAAGAUGUUUUAACACCUACCUAAGCAACAGAAGGGAACAGCUGUGUACUCACUCAAGGUGAAGUUGGGCAGGGAGUGGGUGGAAAUUUCAUUCUUUAUUGACAAUGGGCUCCUCCAGACAUGUUCCCAGUGUGCAGAUAUGGGGAGGGACCCCCUUCCACCCCCCCAUGUACAAUAAAACUUGCUAUUAACAGAGCCUAGGACUUGCCGAUCAGAAGGUCAGCGGUUCAAAUCCCCGCGACGGGGUGAGCUCCCGUUGCUCGGUCCCUGCUCCUGCCAACCUAGCAGUUCGAAAGCACGUCAAAGUGCAAGUAGAUAAAUAGGUACCACUCCAGCGGGAAGGUAAAUGGUGUUUCCGUGCGCUGCUCUGGUUCGCCAGAAGUGGCUUAGUCAUGCUGGCCACAUGACCCGGAAGCUGUAACCCGGCUCCCUCGGCCAAUAAAGCGAAAUGAGCACCGCAACCCCAGAGUCGUCCGCGACUGGACCUAAUGGUCAGGGGUCCCUUUACCUUUACCUUCCUUGCAGACCCACAUCUCCCCACUAUCUAUAGGCCCUUCCCACCCGUUCUAAAUGAGAGUGGGCAGUUUCAUGCAGACACGUGCGGUGGAGGCCCUUGGUCUAUGUCCUGCAACAUCGCCAACCUGGUGCUCUCCAGAGGUUUUGGGCACCAGUUCUAAACUGCCCCAGCCAGUGGCCUACCUGGAGAUGCUGGAGAUCUCUGAAAAGGAAAGGAUUAACAAGAUUUGAUUAAAUCAGGGAUAGAGGACCUGUGUUCCAGAUUUUGCUGGACUCCCAACUACAGAUCAGGGAGAAAUUCAUUGGGUUCAAAUUUUAAUAUCGAUGUCCAGUGACAGAGAGCACUUGCUUUGCAUGCAAAAGUCCCAGGUUCAGUCCCCAGCAUCUCCAGGUAGAGCUGAGCCAGGUCCCUGCCUAAAAUCCUGGAAAGUCACUGCCAGUGUGGGUAGACAGUACCAGGCUAAAUGGACCUGUGGUCUGACUCAGUUUAAGGCAACAUCCUCUCUUCCUUACCAAUAUACAAUCCAUUCGAAAUUUGCACUUUGUAUGUUGGAAUGCAGUUCUCCAACCAAAGAAUGUGUCCUAUGGAAAACAUAGCAACAUGCAUUCUAGUGGGGGGGGGAGUGCUUAUAAAAAUGCAAAACUGCAAACAAAAAUGUGUAUAAUUAGGAGAUGUGUGCAUGGAAACGUAUACAAUUUUUUUGUGCUGGCUUUAAAAAAAAUGCAAAUGUGUAAAGAUAAAGGUAAAGGGAUCCCUGACCAUUAGGUCCAGUCGUAUCCGACUCUGGGGUUGCGGCGCUCAUCUCGCUUUAUUGGCCGAGGGAGCAGGCGUACAGCUUCCGGGUCAUGUGGCCAGCAUGACUAAGCCACUUCUGGUGAACCAGAGCAGUGCACGGAAAUGCCGUUUACCUUCCCGCUAGAGCGGUACCUAUUUAUCUACUUGCACUUUGCCGUGCUUUUGAACUGCUAGGUUGGCAGGAGCAGGGACAGAACAACGGGAGCUCACCCCAUUGCAGGGAUUCGAACCGCCGACCUUCUGAUUGGCAAGUCCUAGGUUCUGUGGUUUAACCCACAGCGCCACCCGCGUCCCUCGCACUGAAACAGAGUGAGCCAUAAUUAAGAUGGGAGAAGUUAGGAAGUGAGAGAGAGUUUGCAGUUGCAGCCAAUGGUGAGGGAUGGCAGGAGAUGUCCACCAACAUGUGGAGGGCCACAGAUUUCCCGACCGCUGACUGAACCUUGGAUGUGGAGGAAAAGCAGGAGCCCGUAAACACAAUCCAGGGAAUGCGAGGCAAGGAGCUCUCAGCUUCCUUGUGUCUCUGAGGAAGACAGACAGCGAGAAAGAAUGUCUCAGCACAGCAUCCCCAUAAGCCUAUUAUGGCCUUCUGUGGGGAGCGCUCUGAUUAAGCCUGCAUCAGUGAUUAAAUCUUUGUUAAUUGAGCACAGCCCUGGGAUUACUCCUUGGCUGCUUGGGAAACAAACCAUCUCCAAUUACUCCCUGUCUGCAGGGGACCAUUAACCUGCGACGUCCUCUCUUAAUAAGUUGCCCUUUAAUGUGGGCACACUGGCAUUGCCCAGCUGUUUUUGCUUCAUUGUGGUUAUGCUUUUAAUAACCCGCCUCUUAACUGGGCUUCCCUUUCCAGGCAGGAGCUGGCAGGCAGGCAGGCGGAAGAAGAGUGGAACCACAGCCCUGUGUUUGCUGAUUCCCCCACCGCACCCCUCCUACCAUUUGUUUAACUAAAGCUUGGAGUCAGAUAUCUUCCCUGAGGAUUGUAGAGUUCGAAGGGACCACAAGGGCCUUCUAGUACAACCCCCUGCAAUGCAAGAAGGUUUUGCCCAAUGUGGGGCCUGAACCCACAGCCCUGAGAUAGAGUCUCAUGCUCUUCCUAGAGCUGAGCACAACCCAAGAAAUGCCAAGUGGCUAGCAUCUAAAUAUUUGUUUAAAAUAUGCCACCAUUCCACUUUAAAGUUUACAAAGCAGGGUGAGGGCUAGACUGUGAGGGUGAUUGGGAUGCUGCCCCACCAACCUCAGUCUGCCCUCAGCCAGACCCCACCUGCUUGCCUUCUUACAAAUAUCCAGCCCAGGGAAUGGUGGUACUGCCUGCCGUCCUCCUCCUCCUCCUCCUUACUCUCCGUGUUGCCCCUUGUAGAGCUCGGCAGGGAGGAGGAAGGUGUGGACAAAGUUAGAAUUAGUUGGCUUCGCCUGUCGCUGACUCUGGCGCCACCUACUGUUGGGCUCCCUGCCUGCCACCCUACCAGUCCCUGUGGGCACCUCUGGACAUUACUGCUUGGGAUUAUCCAGGACAACCAGGUGUUUCAUAAUUGACCAGGCACCUCAGGCCUCCUGGGAAGGUUAUCCUGGCCAAAAUGCAUACUUGGUUGUUGGGGGAAACCCAUAGAGCUCCAAACAACCUCAAUCCCACUAGUAGUGAACUCAAGUGGUUGAGUGCCAACAGAAAUGCAGCCAAAGCAGGGUUACCAAGGAACAAGAGGAGGGGUCUUUAUGCUUGGGGCAAUUAUGAGGUUUGCAGAAUUCUUCCUAUUUUUUCAAGGGUACUAAGGGAACAGGCAAAGCAGAUGCUCUUAUCACUGAACUACCACCCUUCUCUGUUGCGGAAGAAUCCCUGUGUGUGUCAAACUCUGCCAACCCUACAGAUUCGACAGGUGCCACGCCCCCUUCAGGUGCUGGUGAUACUUCCUGUCAAUCACAGUUUGGCAAGAACCAAAAGCUUUGAUGCUGUAAUCAGCACCUUUGCUGCAAGGGAGGAGGCAGUGUCACAGGUGCUUGAUAAAUCGGGAAAUGAUGCCCAGCACCAACACUUGUUCCACAUGCACGCUGUGGGAUUUCACAUAGAUAUGAAUCAUCUUUCCUGGGAACAAGAGGCCAUGAGUAUGCCUCAGCAAAUUCCUGGGAAUGAUAAUGGAAAGGAGCAUGACUCAUGUGUUCAUACGCAGAUUUAUAUUCUUGACAGGCUGGUGGAUUUUACCCUCAGCUUGUGGAAGCUCCUAGGCAGAUCCUUUCAAUCCUGCGUCUGUCCCUAAACACCUGCACUAACCCUUCAGAAUGCCAGCAAGCCUGUUAACUCACCUGCAGAAUCCAAAUGCCUCUGGCUCAGAUAAUUGGCUUCUGGUUUUUUUGUCAAUAUUAUCAAAUGUGGGAAUGUUAUUGUCCAUUUGAUUACAAUACUCUUUAAAAAAAAGUUUUAUUGUAAGUUGCUGUAUGCAUGUCACAGGCUUACCUUUUAUUUGUAGGCCAGCUUGACUUUUUGUUUUCAUUUUGCUCCUCCAUUCAUUACUCUUGGGCUAUGUAAACACCAUACGUUUAAAGCAUAUUCUCCCCACUGGGAACUGUAGUUCACCCUUCAUGGAGCUGCGAUCCCCAGUGCACUUAACAAACUAUAAUUCCCAGGAUUAUUUGCUGGGAUGUGGGAGAUUACUUUAAAUGCAUGGUGUGCACACUGUCACAGGGAGGGAAUAACAUUCUCUUGAGAACUGGAGUCCAUCAACAUCUGGGCACCCAAGGGUGAAAAACACAGUUCUAAGGUGCACACAGCAUCCAGCGCAGCUUGCCUGAGUACAUCCAUCAUCUUAAAUAUGUGGUGUGUCUGUGUUGUUGUUUUUUUAUUUUUAUUAUUUAAUGAAUGACAUACACAAACAGCCCCAGCCUGGAGCUUCAGACAGAGGAUGUACCUAAUGCCAAGGGAGUUACCCAGGAGGAAACAGUCAGAGCCGCUAUAGCUUUCCAAGUCUGCUCCAAAGACACCCGUAGGGCCUGGGGCCAGGCAGUCUCCCUUUAAGAGGAACAACCAGUCAUGGUCUCAGAGAUUCCUAGCAACCAUGUUGCAUCACACCUGUGUUGUGAUUCACCUCCGCAGCCUCCUCUUGGCAGAGUUGAUUUAGUAGCAGACGCAAGGAAGGAACAGGGUUUCCCAAGGGUGUCUGAGGAAUGAAGGACAUGGUCCUGCUGGAGCUGUGUGGGGAAGAUGGCAUGAAGGAAGGUAGGAAGCUGGGUCUUCAGCAGGGAGCAGAAAGGGCCAGGUGAUGUCUCAGGUCGAUGCCAGUCCUCCAGGCUCCAGUCAUCUGUGGUUGCCACCCCUUCCAUUUUUAUCCUCAUGACAACCAUGUCAGGUAGGCUAGGCCAUGGGUAGGCAAACUAAGGCCCAGGGGCCAGAUCCGGCCCAAUUGCCUUCUAAAUCUGGCCUGCGGACAGUCCGGGAAUCAGCGUCUUUUUACAAUGCUUUUAUUUAAAAUGCAUCUCUGGGUUAUUUAUGGGGCCUGCCUGGUGUUUUUACAUGAGUAGAAUGUGUGGUUUUAUUUAAAAUGCAUCUCUGGGUUAUUUGUGGGGCAUAGGAGUUUGUUCAUUUCCCCCCAAAAAAUAUAGUCUGGCUCCCCACAAGGUCUGAGGGACAGUGGACCGGCCCCCUGCUGAAAAAGUUUGCUGACCCCUGGGCUAGGCUAUGCCGAGACAGUGAGUGGGCUGAGGUCACCCAGCAGGCUUUGUGGAAGAGAGGAUUUAAAACAGGGCCCCUCUCCCAACCACCCAUCCUUCCUUCUAGCAGUUUGCUCUAAGCCAGGGAUUGGGGAACCUGCGGCUCUCCAGAAACUGAUGGGCUCCAUCAGCCCCCAACCAUCCUGGCCAGUGGUCAGGGGGUGACGGGAGCCCAGCAACAUCUGAAGGGCCACAGAUUAGCCACCCCUGCUGUCACCAUUAUGGGCUGGCAUAAUGGUUAGAGCAGUGUUUCCCAAACUUGGGUCUCCAGCUGUUUCUGAACUACAGUUCCCAUCGUCACUGACCACUGGUCCUGCUAGCUAGGGAUGGUGGUAGUCCGAAAACAGCUGGAGACCCCAGUUUGGGAAACACUGGGUUAGAGUAUUAGACCAGGAGCUGGGAGAACAUCGGGUCCCUGGCUCGCCACUUUAAGGCCAGUGGUGUGGAUAGUGGGUGUUUUCUUUGUCUAGUUGGCCAAGUCUGCCUUCCUAAAUGUCAGCCGUUGCCUUGACUUCAUUCAUGGGCUAAAGGCACUGAGAAGUGGGAGCAGGCUGUUUUGUCAUUUAAAAAAAUCAAAAAUUGAGGAGAGUGCUUGCACAUUUUGCCUCAUCUGUCAGGUUCUAUUUAUUUAUUUUUAUUCAUUUUCCUUUUUCAUUCAUUACAUACAUCUCAUAUCCAUAACAUUUUCUAUACAUUCCUCCCUCCCUCCCCUUCUGGGCUUCCCCCAACUUCCAUUUCUGGUUUGUUUCUCCUUUCACCCACUUGGCUGCUUCCUAAAAGAAAAUAAUACUAAUAACAACAUCAAACCUUAAAACUGUAAAACUUAAAACAUAAAAAUAAAAAACACCAUCCUAUUUCUCUAUCUUCCACACAUUUUCUAAUGAUAAUGAUGCGAAUGGUUAUUUAAAUCCCGCCAUCCUGCCAUUAUUAUUAUUAGGUUCUAAUAACGUUAACAGCUUAACUCUUAAAAAUAUAUUAAAGCUGGGAAUCUGAAGAUUAUGGUUUACUCAGACUGCCCCCCCCACACACACUUGCUGCCUCCCGUAGAUGCCCAUGGUAUUGGGUCAAAGACAGAGGUCAGCAACCUUUUUCAGCCAUGAGCCAGUCCACCAUCCCUCAGACUAUGUGGGGGGGCCGAACUGUAUUUUGGGGAAAAAAAUAAUGAAUGAAUUCCUGUGCCCCCAGGAAUAAUGAAUGAAUUCCUGUGCUGAUUCCCAGACUGUCCACGGGCCGGAUUGAGAAGGCGAUUGGGUUGCAUCCGGCCCCUGGGCCUUAGUUUGCCUACCCCUGGUCUAAGAGCAUAAGAAGUUUCUUGCAGGAUCAGGCUUCAACGUCCUGUGACUAAUGAGAUGCACACAGGAAGCUCCCAGGCAGGACUUGAGGGAAGCAGAACUCUCCCCUCCUUUGGUUUCCAGCAACUGGCAUUCAGAGGCUUGCUGCCUCCAGCAGUGGAGGUAGAACAUUUAGCCCCCAGGGCUAGGAGCCACUGAUGAAUGUGUCCAAUCCUCUUUUAAAGCCACCCAAGUUAGUGGCCAUCACUGCCUCCUGUGGGAGCAAAUUCCAUAUGUGGGAAGAAGCCUUUCGCCAAAUCUUCCAAAAUUCAGCUUCAUUGGAUAACCCCGAGUUCCAGGACCAUGAGCAAGGGAGAAAGAAACUUUGCUCAGUCCACAAUGUCCACAUGAUGCAUAAUUUUGCCCUCCUAAGCAUUUGCCCACCAACUUUGGCAAACCAGUAGGGCUCCCACUUGGUGCAAUAAGAGCCUGCUGGGUCAACCCAGUAGCCCAUCAAGUCCAGCAUCCUGUUCUUGACAUGUCCUAUGAGAAGACCACAAGAAGGGCUUGGCAGCGGUUUGCCCACUUGUGACUCCUGGCCAAUGGCAUUUAGAGGCAUCCUGGUUCUGACAGUGGAGGUGGAAUGUGGCUAUUGUGGCUAGCGGCCAUGAAUAGCCUUCUCCUCCUUGAGGACCUCCUUGGAGUGCCCCCUUCCCCCCUAUGUUCUCUCUGUUCUCGCGUUCUCCUAGCAAGAUACAGCUCAGCACUCGCAAUAGGAAAAAGAAACCGCAAGGCAGGAAGCUCCUUGUGACUUGCGCCCUGCCCACGGAAAGGGGGGGGGGAAUAGCCUGGGUGUAUUUCCCUCUUGGGACGACUCUUGGCUCCCACUGAGGGGCCAGCUCUACAGAUUGCCACAAGAGGUGCCUGCCAGAGUCACUCUCGCAGCUUCUGCCUCCGGAGGAAGCAGGAGCAGGAUUAGUCUCAUUUACACAGCACCAUCGACUUUGUGGCGCUACAAAGGACAGGUACGGCAGGUCCCUGCCCCAAGGAGCCUUCAGUCUGAAAAUGACAAAGCGUGGUAGGGGGAAUGCAGGCAGGUGUGGGUAGGGAAUAAUAGGUGAUUUGCUUCAGUUAUGCACACUUUUGGCUUAAUUGCAAGAGGGUGUAGGGCUGGGGGCGGGGCUUAGUUCCAGAGAUCAAAUGUGGCCCUCCAAACCUCUCUAUGUGGCCCUCGGGACUCUCCCCACCACACAUACACAGUCACAAAUCCUCUCUCCAGACCAUUCUCCUCGCUGGCCCUGCUUUGCCCCUUCCCUUUAAUAUUUCUGUCUGCUGGAUCCUUGAACUCUGACAGUACUUUUUCCCCCUCUGGAACUGUCAUCCUCUUUGUCUCCUUGCAGAGAAUCUUUAUAGCAUCUUCAUCAAAUUGUUCCCAUCCAGUGUUUUCAGUGUUCUCCUCCCAUCUCAUUUCAGGGCUGAUUAUUAGUAGUAAUAAUAGUUUUAUUAUUUAUAUGCCACCCAUCUAACUGGGUUGCUCCAGCCCCUUCUGGGCAGCUCCCAACAAAAUAUUCAAAACACACAAGGGAUUCAUUGUUUUGAAAUAAUAAAAUGCAGUUGCAGAAUCAGCUUAUUCAACAUGCACAAUUGCAGAUUUUCUGCGAUCAUGUUUUCAUAAUUUAUUUAUUUUUUUUUAAAAAAAAUGGCACACAGUGGAUAAGAUGCAUUUGAUUUUUUUAAAAAAACCCACAUGCACAAGAGAGCCACAAAGCACAUUGCAAUGUGAACCUUGGCACCUCCCGCAUAAUGCUUGUGGGCAGACCUCCCCCACCCCUUUCUUCACCUAAAAGUGGGCCAAGGCAACGAGAACAACAUAAUGAUCAUCUGGGCUGAUUCUUUUCCUUUCCCUUUUCUUCAAAAUGCAAACGAGGAGACAGCCUGGCUUGCACCAAUUAUAUGCCCACACAAAUGGGCAGACAUCCUGCAAGGGCUUGUUCUCCUUGAAUGAGAGCGGGGAUCCCAGGAAAGGGGAGGGAGGGGGGAGGAGGAAGGAUGAUUACCAUUCUGGUCAUGUGUUCCAGGCAGCCUGGCUCCCGCUCUUGUUUGAUCCCAAUAGGGGAGCUGACAGAGGGGAGGGGACUCCUUCUCUGGCUCUGACAAGCAUGAGGAUGAUUGGGAGCUGAAGGCAAAGGAGGAGGAAAAAGAGGUGCGGAUCCUGGGCGCUCUGCUUAUGGAAUUGGGGAGCAGAGGGGGGACCCUUCGCUGGAGUCCCUGCAGCCUUCUUCUGGGCUGAUAAGAGAGGAGGUAGGAAGCUGGGCAAUGGAUGUGCUUUUGGAGGGGCCUCUGUGAAGGAAGGUGGGGGGCUGGGACCUGGCAGACAAAGAACUCGAGGCGCUUGAGGACAAAUGCCUGCUUCUCCUUUGUCUCCCAAGGUCCCUGCUUUUUCGGUGGCAGCUUGGCGCUCCAGGAGGCAAGAUGGGUCUCCUCCCAGGAACCAUCCAGGGGGGUGGGUGUGUCUGCAGUCGCAUGGCCAUCGUGGGACCUGUGAAGCCCUUGUGAGCAUCUCAAUGCGGUCCUCGCCAGCAUCCUUGGGGACCAGAAAGCAGGGAUGCAGCAUGUGCCGUGAUGCUCAGGCCCAGCUAGAAGGGGUUUUUGGGUGGUAUUCUGGUUCCAGGGUGCAGGCGCCCUGACAGAGGCCAUCGCACAUCCCUGGACAUCCUUUCCCCUUCAGUGAUCACGGUUUAAACUGCAGAGCAACUCGCUUCCCCCAUCUGUAUGUUGCAGGCAGUGCAAGGGCUGGGUGGGUGUGUAGCUCUUCUGGAAAAGCCAGUCCUCUCUUUCAGCUGUGGUGUUUUUCUCCAUCUCUCUCUCCUGCUGGGCAGUCACAGGUCUUCAGUUCUCUCUCUCUCUCUCUCACACACACACACACACACCAUUUAUAUAGUCCUUUUUAAAAAAUCGUGGGCCAGUUUUUUGCUGUUUCUGUUUGUCCUUGCUGGGGUGCACAGCGAGGUGGCAGGGUGCUCUUCUCCUUGAGCAGUUGGAGAACAAAAGCUUGGAGAGAGUCACUUGCUGCAAACCACACAGCGAGUUGGUGGCUGAGGAGGUGGCCUUGGAACCCUGUCGCUUUCAGAUCCGAAUCUUGAGAUGCGACCUUCUGCAACGUUACAGCCACAUGCAAAAUGUAUGUGUCGGGGGAAGGUUUCUAAGUGUAGGAUUCUGUAUCAGCACCAUACAUUGAAAGCACACCCCCACACCCCCCCAAAAAAGAAUCUAGGGAAUUGUAGCUUACCUCCUCACAAAGCUAUUGUUCCCAGCACCGCUACCAAUCUACAAUUCCCAGGUUUCUUUGGUGUUGGCAGGGAUGUUCUGUAAAUGUGCUUUAAACGUAUGGUGUUUAUGCAGCCCCAGUUUCUUUAUAGAGGGAUUUUUAAUUUUAGAAUGGAAUGCUCCCCAGUUCAAAGAAAAUAACGUCGGAGGAGGGGCACAGGUUCCCCAUCCCUACCCUACCUUCAAAUAUUUUGUCCCCUCCUUGCUUAAAGUGGUUUAACAUUUUGGUUCUUUCCCACACAUUCAGUGCACACUUAACAGCUGUGAUACCACUUUAAACAGCCAUGGCUUCCCCCAAAGAAUUCUGGGAGCUGUAGUUUGUUCAAGUUUGCUGGAAGCUGUUAGGAGACCUUUAGUCCUCUCACAGAGCUACAAUUCUCAAGGAAGAGUUGAUUGUUAAACUACUCUGCCAACUGUAGCUCUGGGAAGGGAAGGCUAGAAAGUUCUCCUAAUAACUGUCGGCACUCUUAAGAAACUACAGCUCCCAGAAUUCUUUGGGGGAAGCCAUGAUGGUUUAAAAUGGCACCAUAGUGGUAUUAAAUGUGAUGAUGGCUCCUGCUUGCCUGGAUAGGGGUGUGCGAGUGUGCAUGGAAUCUGCUAGCCUACUGCACAAAGGUAAGAUUGGCAUUUGUUGCUCCGCCCACUUUUGCACCUGGCCCCACCCGUGACUGGCAUGUGGCCCUAAGAUAGUUGCAUAGAGAGGAAUGUGGCCCUUGGGAUGGAAAAAAAAUGUUCCCCACUCCUGGCCUAGACCCUAUCCUGUGCUAGGUAGCUAACACAUUCAAUUGAUUGAUAGUUGAGGACAACAGCAAUCCUGCAUUGGCUGGCUGCCUCUGGCUACAAAAACUGGGGGUUUCCUUUGGCUUUCAAGCCACAAACCAUACGUCUGGUAGGCUCCAUAGGCUUGGUGAUGUUACACGUGUAAAUCAUAUUUAGGAAUAGUUAGCCAAAGGGAUGCUGUGAGAAUAAGGCUUGCCUCCCCGUGACAGUUUAUUCUGUUUCCCUGGCAUUUCUUAAGCUUAAAUUGUGCAUUACAUUUGAGCUUUUGCACAAAGUGAAAGCCACUUGCGGAAAUCUAGCAGAAAAUCUCGUGGAAGUUUAGUGCUCAUUUCCUUGUUAAUUGCUUCCGGGGGAAAUCCAUUUGCAACCCCUUUAACCCAGAAAAUUGCAGGUAUGAAGUGACGAAAUUGGGGCGGUGGGCCGGCAUACAGUUAUUUCCUGCUGUAUUCAUGGGAGAAGAGCCGCAGACUUGUGUGGAAAAGAUGGGGAGUAGCAAUGUUGUCCAGCGACGUUUGUUGUUGUGCCACACCACGCACACUUGGCGUGAAUGAAAUUGAGUGUGUCCUGGCAGUUUAUUGGUCAGACAGUAGCAGGUGCUGCAGUGUGAAAGGAUGGUUGGAAAACAGGACAGAAGUGCUUGCAUUAUAAGCAAGAAAACUAAAGAAAUAUUCCCCAUGUCUGAGUGUACCCUGAGUCUCGGGCAAAGGAGUCUCUUCUCCUUCAGUUAGGAAUUCCUGAGGCAGUUGAUGUUCUUGGUCCUCCCGUAGCAGAGAAUUCCAGUGUUGCCAGGGCAAUUCUUGGACCAGCCCAAGUACCUUCAGCUCCCACUCCAUCCUUCCUGGCAAGGGCUGGACCCCCUCUUUAGAGCACAGGUGAGUACACUGAGCCUGGGCAGGUGACACAGCUCAGACGUCAAGAGUGCCAGAUUAGCAGCUAGGGUAGCUGUUUUGGCCCUUACAAUUGGCAGCAUCGUGGGUGAGCCACAAGCCGGGAAGUUCUACUAAGCUGCCCUUAUGGAACGGCAGCCAAGACGAAGGCAGGCCUCAUUUCCUUACCAGAAGGAAACAGGUGGUGGCAUCUGAGGCAGUGGGCAGGUGCACAGUUCUGGACAACUCUUCCAAAUCUGUCGUUUGGAACUUAGGAAGCUGUCUUAUACUGAAUCUAGUGGUCCACCUAGCUUAAUAUUGUCUACACUGACUGGCAGCAGCAUUCCUGGGUUUCAGGCAGGAGUCUCUUCCAGCCCUGCCUGGAGAUGCCUGGGAGUGAGCCUAGGACCUUCUGCAUGCAAAACAGAUGUUUUUCCACUUCGCUAUGGCCUUUUCCAUUCAAGGAAUUUUGCUGUAGUCAGGGCAGAAAUCUCCUAGAUUUUGUUGUUUGUGCACAGCUUGUAAUUGCAUUUUCAUAUGUUAUAGAGAAGGGGUGAUGAACCUGUGGUCCUCCAGAUGUCACUGGACUACAACAACCCCAGUCAGCAUGAUGGGAGUUGUAGUUCCAGAACCAAUGAAAGAGCCAUGGGUUUCCCCACCCUGUUUUCAGAGCCUUGCGAGCUUGCCAAGGCAGUGUGACCUGAAUGGUGGAAUAAAAAUGUAAGUGAAUAUAUAAAGUGGGGGAGGGCCCUUACAUAUCUGAGGGGUGCUGACAUCAGCUGACUGCAUAGGGCAUGAGGAGGAUUCCAUGCAUGUUCAUUCAUUCAUUCAUUCUAUUUGUUGUUGAAAAAGAGGACAAAGGAGGACCAUGAAACAUGCAUGUGCUCAUCUAUAGAGAUAGAUGCAAUUUUAGAAAUAAUUACUGUAUUAUCAUUUACAAUUUAACCAGAAAUAAAAUACAGUGGUACCUCAGGUUAAGUACUUAAUUCGUUCUGGAGGUCCGUUCUUAACCUGAAACUGUUCUUAACCUGAAGCACCACUUUAGCUAAUGGGGCCUCCCGCUGCUGCUGCGCCACCAGAGCACGAUUUCUGUUCUCAUCCUGAAGCAAAGUUCUUAACCCGAGGUACUAUUUCUGGGUUAGAGGAGUCUGUAACCUGAAUCGUAUGUAACCUGAAGCGUAUGUAACCCAAGGUAUGAUACAAUAUGAUACAAUAUCUUUAUUGUCAUUGUCCCAUGCAGAACAAUGAAAUUGAAAAACUACAUAAAACAUUCAAAACCCCCUAAAAACCCUGAAACCCCAUUUUAAAAUACACUAUACUAUAGUGACCCCUUAUGCUGCGUUUAGAACCAGAAUUACUUUUGCGUAGAAACUGUUUCUCAGGCGGCUAGUCCUGGCCUUUAUAACCCUAUACCUUCUUCCAGAAGGCAGAAGCUGAAAGAGUUCAUUUCCGGGGUGCGUACUAUCCUGCGCUAUCUAUGCCGCUUUCUUAUGGCACCUGGCAGUACCACUGUAUAUCUCAUCUUAGUGAGGAAGGGUGUGGGCCAGGGAUAACCUGCUCAGUCUUGCUGUUCACCCAAUGCCCCCCCUCAAUUUCUGAAUACCAGUUGCUUGAGAUUACAAGUGGGGAGAGUUGCUGUUGCCCUCAGGUCCUGCCUGCAGGUUUCCCACCAGGAGAUUUUGUUAGCCACUGUGUGCAAGAUGCUAGACUAGAUGGGCCAUUGGCCUGAUGCUACAGCCAGGCUCUUCUUACUUACUUAUGUCUGCAUCCUCCACCCAGUCUUUGCUUCUCAGGGCUCCUGAUCUUUAAAGCAGACUAGGUCGCCUUUAUCUGAAGCAGGCAUAAAACAUGCCCUUCUUUGCAGAGGAUGGUCCCCUGUUUGAAGGCAUCCUCUGAAAGGCUGCCUGGUCCUGAAUCUUCCAAUCUCCAGCUCCAUUUGGCAUCCCCGAGUUCUGAUACUAUGGAUAAAGGGAGAAUCCACACUGUGGAUGAUUUUAUACGCCCCAAGCAUUGUCGUCUUUCCUCAUGGGAGAAGUUGCUCCAUUCCUCUUUGAUCCAUUUGGUUGCGUCUUUCUUAAAAGGCAAAACAGUUCUUUGAGCUAUGAAAGUCUGGUCCACAACCUUCCUUAGGGGUAGGAUGUGGUGGAAAUGCUUGGGGCCAACUCAUCAAAGCGCAGGAGCAACUAUGGGACUGGGCAGAGGUAUUUCCUAUGCCACAGCGGAGCACCGAUUGGACAGUGCCAGUGACGUGGUUCCUUCCCAUGCAAAUGGUACCUGGCACCUGGCCUGAGUGAGAAUGUUACCGUUAGCCCCAAUCAUGUGGUUCCUUUGUUCAUAUGUUGUUGCAGCAGUAUGAGAACUAACCUCAGGAAGGAUCUCUGCCAAAGUUCUGCAGCCUUCCACUGCAAAUAGACUAAUGAGGACCGGGGGGGGGGGGGGUUUGAAGUGGUUGUGCACCAGCAAGAGGAAGGGAGCAUCCCACCCUCUUAGCAUUCACACUCCUGUGUCUGUGCCUCCCUCUCCUUAUCACCCUGGGCCAAUAGCUCAAGGAGCGGUGGGAAGCCAGACAGCAGCCUUCAGUGGAUAGAUUCAGCUCCCAGGCUCCUGAUUGCUGGCCCCUUAGCCAUAAGGACUUCUAAGUGUCCACUUUCCCUGGCUCUAUAUAGUGCUUUUGCAGGCAGCUGGCAUCCUCCCAGGCCAGACACCUGCAAGCCAGAUGGGAUUCUGUCGGUCUACAAAUCCACAUCCGUAAUUCUAAACACGCUGUCAGGAUCAGGGCAGAAGGAAAUGGCAACUGCUUUGCAUUUCCGCUGCUUUGUUUUGUUCCUUGUUUUUAUUAUGUGCUUGGUGGUUUUAUAUUAUGUUUUAUAUUUCGUUUCUAUUGCAUAGUGUAUGAUAUAUAUAUAUAUAUAUAUAUAUAUAUAUAUAUAUAUAUAUAUAUUGGAAACAGUAAAAUAAAAACAGCAGCAGUUCCAAAGUCUCUGGGGAAAACUUCCUUGUUUCACUUCUGGACUUGUAGCUGCUGUUGGUGGGGAAAUGGUAUGUGGAUUUCCCUAAGAAAGUGGAACCUGAGCAGGUCAGCCCUGGUUGUUUAUGGAACACAAGAUGAUUCCUGUUGAAACACACCAUAAGUUUGUCUUAUUGAAAAGUGAGGAAUCUUAGGUCGGGGGGGGGGUAUCAAACAUAGCCCUCAAGGCUCUCAAACUGGCCCUCUGAACUCUCCCCACACCCCCUCAUUGUCCCUUCUCUGUGCCCUACUUAAGUCCCUUUUGCUUAUUAUUAUUAUUAUUAUUUGAUUUUAUACACCGCCCCAUAUCCAGAGGUCUCAGGGCAGUUCACAGAACAAAAUCAGAAGGUAAAACCACAAAAUACAUAAUAAAAAUAAAAACAACAACCCAUAACCCCUCCCAAAAAAAACCCCACAUUUUAAAAGGGCAUAGGAUGUCAGUCAAAUCAACCAAAGGCCUGGUGAAAAAGGAAUGUUUUUGCCUGGCGCCUAAAGGUGUAUAAUGAAGGCACCAGGCGAACUUCCCUGGGGAGAGCAUUCCACAGACAGGGAGCCACUACAGAGAAGGCCCCGUUCUCGUGUUGCCACCCUCCAGACCUCUCGAGGAGGAGGCACACAAAGGAGGGCUUCAGAAGAUGAUCUCAGGGUCCAGGUAGGUUCAUAUGGAAAGAGGCGGUCCUGAGCUGUUUAAGGCUUUAUAGGUCAAAACCAGUACUUUGAAUUGGGCCCAGAAACUAAUUGGUAGCCAGUGCAGUCGGACCAGGAUCGGUGUAAUAAGCUCAAACUGUCUUGCUCCAGUGCAGUUUGUCCCUGAAAUGUGAAGAAGUCUUCUGCUUCCUUGGAUGGAAGAUGGAGAGGGUGUGGGGGGGGGUGAGAGAGAGAGAGAGAGAGAAAGUCUAGAAAUAUCUGAUUUUUGCAAUGUAUCUUACUGUCUAAAUGUGAGAAUGACAUCUCCAACAUAUUUGUCUUUGACCACACCUACCACUGCCAAGGAUGCGGGUGGCGCUGUGUGUUAAACCACAGAGCCUAGGACUUGCCGAUUAGAAGGUUGGCAGUUCGAAUCCCUGCGAUGCAGUGAGCUCCCGUUGCUCGGUCCCUGCUCCUGCCAACCUAGCAGUUUGAAAGCACGUCAAAGUGCAAGUAGAUAAAUAGGUACCGCUCCGGCGGGAAGGUAAACGGCAUUUCCGUGUGCUGCUCUGGUUCGCCAGAAGCAGCUUAGUCAUGCUGGCCACAUGACCCGGAAGCUGUACGCCGGCUCCCUUGGCCAAUAAAGUGAGAUGAGCGCCGCAACCCCAGAGUCGGCCACAACUGGACCUAAUGGUCAGGGGUCCCUUUACCUUUACCUUUACCUUUACCACUGCCAAGUGAUGCCCCAAAAGGUUGCCUGUGACAGAAUAUGAUUUUAAAGGCUAAAAAAAUACAACUUUCUCCAUCCCUGAUCUAGCCUAACAUUCUGUUCCCAAAUGUUGCCAGGCAGCUGCCUCUUGGAAGCCUGAAAGCAAGAUGUGUAGGCAACAGUACAGUGGUGCCUCGCAAGACGAAAUUAAUCCGUUCCGCGAGUCUCUUCGUCUUGCGAAGCACGGCUAUUAGCGGCUUAGCGGCUAUUAGCGGCUUAGCGGCUAUUAACGGCUUAGCGGCUUUAAGAAAAAGGAAACAAACUCGCAAGAAAACAAACUCGCAAGCCCAUAGGGAAAUUCGUCUUGCGGAACGACUCAAAAAACGCAAAACCCUUUCGUCUAGCGAGUUUUUCGUCUUGCGAGGCAUUCGUCUUGCGGGGCACCACUGUAUUGUUAUUAUUUUAUUGCAUUUAUUUCCUACCUUUCUUCCAUCAUGGAAGUUAUCCCAUCCAGGAACGGACCAGACUUAGGCCUGCUUUGGCAUCUGAAAACUGCAAUGCUUUUGCCUGCAUUCAUACCAUUGCCUGGGAUCAGCCGCUGCCUCUCUAUGCCCAAAGUUUUUACUGUGUACACACCAUACAUUUAAAGCAUGUGACUCCACCCCCAAUAACCACAGUAACUGUAGUUUACCCCUCACAAAACUACAGUUCCCAGUACUCGUAAACUACAGCUCCCAGGAUUCUUUGGGGGAAAUAAGAUGCUUUAAAUGUAUUGUGUGUACUAAAGAAGGGGGAGAAUAUGGCUUCAGUUUGCAUUUAAAGGUGAAUCUAUGAAAUCUGCACUUUCUGAAACAAUAUGAGAACCAAAGCACAGCCAUCCUUUGAAAUGUGCAGUUCUUUGAAUUUCACAGUGCACAGCCAACCCAUCUAUUUAAAAAAAUGCAUAUAUAUGGAGAAACUGUGCAUAAAAACACAUAUAUUAAUUAAAAUGGCACAGAAGGAUGCAUGGCUUACAGCCAUCAGUCAAAAGUGCAUAUUGGGAGAGAAACCUGCACUGAAAUGCUGAUGAACUUCCACAAGGAAACUUUCUUCAAAGUAAGAUUUGCAGAUUGCUGCAGAAAUGAAGACCGGGGGGUGGAAAUGAGAAACCGGGAGACCCAAAAUGGGCAGAUCCUUCCACACCCAGUGCAUACACAGCCUUGGCAAAAGUUGCAUGAACUCUUUGGUGGGUGCAGGAUUUCUUUAGUUUCCCACUAAGUGGCCACAAGCAACCACCACACGUGUCUGGGAUUAAGGGGCAAGGCUUUCUGGGCAGAAACCGUAAAAGAAGAACUGAGCCUUCUCCUCUCUUUCCUUCUUUCUUUGAGAUGACGAAGCUCUGGCAAGCUUCCUCCUCCUCCUCCCCAGUCACCAGCUGCUGUUGGUGUGAGAGGUCCCUUUCCCCCUGGAACUUGCUGUUGUUUGUGGAAAAGCUUCAAGGCACUGACAGCUUGAGGGCUCCCUGCCAUCUCUACUUGGCUACGGAGUCAUGCGCUGUGUGUGUGUGUGCGUGUUUUCAUUCUUGCCGAAUUAUUUUCUUCCCGCUGCGCACAACCGGACUGACUGGAUUCGGCCUGGGUCGUCUGCUGCUGUGGAAACCAGCCGUAAGGGCCAAGCGGGUGGUGGGUGAGGAGUUGAACUAGCGCCUGUCCUGCUGGAAGUUGGCGAGAAGGAACCUUGUUGAUUCAGACUGUUUGCAUCUCCAGACAGGGAGGAUAAGGAAUAAUAGCAAGCGAGCCUUCAAGGGAAAGUAGUGUGUGUUGCAAUUGCCCUGGCUGACUGGCAGCAGUCCUGGUUUUUCUGGGACCAGAAAGUCGCCCAGAGUGGCUGGGGAAACUCAGCCAGAUGGGCAGGGUAUAAAUAAUAAAUUAUUAUUAUUAUUAUUAUUAUUAUUAUUAUUAUUAUUAUUGAAUUGUAGAGUCGGAAUGGACCCUGAGGAUCAUCUAAUACAGGAAGAUGCUUCUAUCCCAUAGGGGGAUCGAACCUGCAACCUUGUCACUAUCAACACCAUGCUCUAACCAACUGAGCCAUGUACCAGUUAGAAAUUACAGUCAUACCUCGGGUUGAAUGUGCUUCAGGUUGAGUGCUUUUGGGUUGUGCUCUGUGGCAGCCCAGAAGUAACAGAACACUCGCGCAUGCGCAGACGCUCAAAAUGACAUCACGCGCAUGCGCGGAAGCAGCAAAACACGACCUGCGCACGCGCAGACGCACCGUCGUGUCUUACGUGGGCAUGUUCUAUUCAGGAUACGAACGGGGCUCUGGAACGGAUCCCGUUCACAUCCCGAGGUACCACUGUAAUACCGGUUGCCAGAAAUCACAGCAGGGGAUAGUACCCUCGUGCUCAGGUUCUGCUGGGAUUUCCCAAAGGAAAUUACCACUGUGAGAACAGGAUGGGCCAUUGGCUUGAUCCAGUGGGCUCUUGUUAUGUCAUGUGGCCUCGUUUUCCCUUUUUAGAGAUUUUUGUGUGGGUGGGUAUUAGUUUGUGCUCACGUUAUCCAGGGUGACCUUUUUCAGGGCUUCAGACAACCCCUUGAGUCUCCAGAAGUGACAAAUUACAUGUAAUGCUAAAUGUGUCCUUGGGAAACCUGUCAGUUGAUGACAAUGAUUAAGAAGAUGGUUUAUUUGUACGUACCAAUGUAGACGUGUACUUCUACCAUGCAAGAGGGUGGGGCACCCUGCUCUAAUCUAGGUACAUGUGUCAGUAUAUAAAGUCGCAUUCCUUUUGUGCAGUGGGGUUGUCUGAACACUCUUCUGAAGCAGGCCUCCGGUCCACCUAGAACAGCACUGACUCCUCUGACUGAUAGCAACUCUCCAAAGUCUCUGCUACCGCCAGCUGCCUCAGGGAUUGCCAGCCUUUUUAGGCUCAUGGGCACAUUUUGAUUUUUGAGGACGUGCCAUGGGCACCCCCCUCUUGUCCCUUUCCUCUGCCCACCCCACAAAGAGAAAGAGGGAGUGUGUGCGCACUUAACUUUUCCAAGAGUUCUUGGUUAUAGGUGGAUCCAGCAGAAUUCAUUUGACAGCUCACCCAGACUUCCCUUUGUACCUCAUUUCUAAGCACAGUUCUGGCUUUUAAAGCUCUGUGUCUAAGCAGGGUGGGGGUUUUUUUUGGGGGGGGGGUUCCCUGAAAAAAAAUCUGUUUUUUGCUGCAGAAUUGUAGCAGUCAGUAAUUGAAUUUUCUGUGGGUUGCCAUUUGCUCCAAUUUAGCUGUAAAAUGCAGGGAAUGCACCAGGACAAAGAAAGAAAGAAAACUGUUUAUAGGCAAAGCUUUAAAGCGAAGACAUGUGCCUGGAAAGUGUGGAGGAAAAGGAUGAGCUGUGAGUCUUUGAAAAGCACACUGAGUGUCACUCUCCCUACUUCCUCCUCCAGCUCUGUGUCCUUUUCAAGGGAGGAGAAGGUGACCCCUCCACUCACCACCUCAUGACCAAGGGAGCAGGGAGGGGGGUGUUAGGGAGUGGCCUAUGGGGCACCUCUGAUCCUUUGAAUCAUCGGAUCCUUCAAACAGGAGACGCCGUGGAUUGAAACAGAGACCUUCUCCUGCGCUCUGCCCUCCCAGCUCUUAACCACCCAUCCAGCGUUGCUCAAUAUGUUUGAGUUGUAACUAUUCUGUUGCAAGAUUAAACUCGGUUACAGUAUUUGUUUUUUUUCUUAAGGGAAAUGGUUAUGCUGAGUUUUCUUAAGACACACCCUGCUUGAGACAUGCAAGGCGGACUCUGUUUGCAGAGUAAGGGGGUGGGAGGGGGGGAAUUUCAGCAUUGUCUAUUGGAGAGGGGAAAGCGUGAUCUUUAGUGAGAGAAUGUGAGGAUGUCAGAAGAAGUUGUGCUGAAUGCAAGAAGAGCCCUGCUGGAUGGAUCAGACCAAAGGCCCAUCUAUUCCAGCAUCCUCUUCUCCCAGAGGCCUUCGGGAAACUCAAAUGCAGGACAUAAGUGCAACAGUGCUCUGUCUGCUUGUGGUUCUCAGGAACUGGAAUUCAGAAGCUUAAUUCGUCUGUGAUACUAUGUGCCAGGGCAGACAAGUGUGUGUUUGUUGAGCAGGGAGAGUUAGCAGGAGGGAAGGGGCCCUAUACCUGCUGUGAAUGCAAGUGCAUAAUCAGGGUUGUUGUGCAAAUGGAAAGCCUCCGAUUGGCCAAGAAUGCUCAUCUGCAUUACAAAUGCCUCUCUUCCGCUUUGUCUUUUCCACGUGAACAGCAGCUGCAAGGUCACGUACCCAAUGAGCACGCAUGUAUGGCAGGGGGGGCUCAGACCGCUUCGCAGCCAAACUACGUAUCAUCUUUGCAGUGCAAGCUGCUUCUGCUUCUCCCCCCCCCCCGCCCCAUAAAUUUCUAAGCGAGGGGAACCUGGUUCAGAUCAGGACCCUAGAAUGGUGAUGUAAAGGGCGGGGUUCCUAAAGGGGCAGAGUUCAGUACUACUUAGAAUCAUAGAGUUGGAAGGGACCCUGAGGAUCUUCUCGUCCAACCCACUGCAAUGCAGGAAUACGCAGCUGUCCCAGACCAGAAUUGAACCUGCAACCUGAGCAUUAUCAGCACCAUGCUCUAACCAACUGAGCUAUCCAGUCUUCAAGGCAUGUGUUGUGGGAGAUUGAUGAUUGGUACUCACAACAGUUUUUUACUUCCAUUGAAAGCAGCUAGAGGAGCAGGGAGGGGUGGGAUCUGUGCCAUUUGCUGGGGGAGAGGACUUAGCUCCUCCCCCCAGUGCUGUUUUUCCAACUUUGAAUCAUCCCCCCGAAGAAGCUAUAGAAAGGGCCAAAAGACAGGUACAAUGUUAAUAGCAGCUGUAUUCAAAUCAGGGAGUCAGCACAGAGGGGAAAGGGUUAAACCAGUCUUUCUCAACCUGUGGGUCCCCAGGUGUUGUUGAACUACAACUCCCAUCACCCCUAGCUAGCAAGGCCAGAGCUCAGGGAUGAUGGGAGUUGUAGUCCAACAACAUCUGGGGACCCACAGGUUGAGAACUGCUGGACCGUUAAACCCACCCUACUCCAGCCUCACAGCCCUGUUUUAAAUGGGUUUCCCCCCAGCUGCCUCUGGUGACAGUCUAGUGACAAAUUUGCGACAUCCCUGGAAGUUUGGCCCAAACAUUGCUGUGCUUUAAUUGCUGAGAAAUGCUGUGCAGAUUUCAGGGCGAAGCGGCGUGUUCCUUUCUUCAGUUCCUUCUUCCCCUCACACCCAUCCUGUGAGCUCUGCUGAGAAAUGCCAUCUCACGCUCCGCAGAAUCUCAGGGCCUGGGCUAGGGGCAGGGAAGCCUUUUCAGUCAGAGGGCCAUGUUCCCUUUCCAGCAACCUUCUGAGGGCCGUGUGCUGGUGGCAGUGGAUGUGGCCAGAGGCAAAAGGAGCCAGAGUCACAAAUGUGAAUUCUACCUUUUGUACAGCAGGCUGGUUUCUACACAUACUCUCACCUCCCUCGCAUCCUUCAACUGUCCCAGUAAAAAUGGGACGCCCCAUUUUUCCUUGCGAGGGCACGGCAGCCGUUUGAGGCACUGUGAUCUCACGUGAUUUCCCCCUGGAAAAAAAACACCUUUUUUGAGGCAAAAUCGCGGGGCAGAAUUGCACAAAAUCGUGGCACCCAAAAUGUCUUGCCGUGCUCUCACAAGAAAAAACAGGAAGAUGAUGUCCUGGUUUUUCCCUUUGACAUGUUGGAGGGGAUGGAUGCUCCCUCCCUAUCCUCCAUCCUGGCAAGUUCAGGGACACAUUUUCAGGCAAACGUAAACACCCAACGAGGGCAUGAAGUAAGACCGGCAAAGGGUGCAGCCUGGGGAAAAGGUGUGUGGGAAGAGUCCCAAGGGCCAGAGAGAGGGUCACCAAGGGCCGUGUUAUGCCCCUGGGCCAGUGCCCCCCCCCAUUUCCCAUAUAUCUAUGUGUAGCUUUAUAUUUGCAGCUGGAGUUGUGUCUUCCCCAUAAAGGGUGCAGGAACUUCUACCGCAGCGGUUCUCAACCUGUGGGUCCCCAGAUGUUGUUGGACUACAACUCCCAUCAUCCCUGAGCUGUGGCCUUGCUAGCUAGGGAUGAUGGGAGUUGUAGUUCAACAACAUCUGGGGACCCACAGAUUGAGAAAGGCUGUGCAGGUCUGCUUGUCUGGAGAGCGCUCGCUCUCUCUCUCUCUCUCUCUCUCUCUCUCUCUCUCUCUCAUAUCCUGGAGGGGUGGGGGAGAAAAUCUCCGCUUACUCUACAAGAUGCUGCCUCGGCAGAGCUCCCAAACCCCUUGGCUUACUGCCAGCCCCCUGCACAGCCCUGUGAAGAUCCCCCCCCUGCCCCCCACCACUGACACCUCCUGGCUACAUAUUCCAAUCUGUUUGCUGAGCUUCUCUUCCGAGCCCCGGGGUCUGCCGUUGCCAGGGAAGUUGCAGAGCUGUGUGUAUUCCUCCACUUCCCCUUUUGGGUCUCUUUCCCAAUGAGCAUGCUGCAGGGGAAGGGCCCUAGCUCAGUGGGAGAGCACCGGCCUUGCAUGCGGAAGGUCCCAGGUUCAAUCCCCGGCGUCUCCUGGUAGGACUGGGAGAGAGCGAGUCCUGCCUGUAACCCUGGAUUGCUGCUGCCGGCUUGUGUAGGUAGUAUACUAAGGCUAGAUGGACCAGGGAUUUGACUCUGCAGAGGGAAUGGCUGUGGCUGUAUGGGAGAGAAUCUGCUUUGCGUGCAAAGGUCUUAAUCCCCGGCGUCACCAGGUAGGACCCCUUUCUGAAAUCCUGGGGUAGGAGCACAGCCUGUCAGGGCAGGCCAUUUGUCUCCAGCUGUUGGAGUCAGAAUCCGCUACUGGGUCGCAAAAGCAGCACUACCGCUGUGCAACGAUAUGGUAAGCAAUUAAGAAUUAGCUCGCCAUAUGCACGUUUGGGGCUAAAAGUGGGCCUGAAAAGGUUGGAGGGUGGCUAGCAUAACCAACAUUGAGCUAGUUGUAGCAAAGGUCUGACUCAGUAGAGUGAAGAUGUCAUCACUGCAUGGUAGAGCAUUUGCUGAAGGUCCCAGUUUCGAUCCCUAGGGGCUCCUGGCAGGGCUGGAAGAGAUCCCUGCCUUUAACUUUGGAGAGCAAUACUGAGCUAGAUAGACAAUACUGAGCUAGAUAGACUUGAUCUGACUCAGUAUACGGCAGCUUCCUAUGUUGCUAGAGAGAAGCACAGUGGUAGUGUUUUUAUUUUGCAUGCAGUGGCCCCAGGUUCCAUCUGCGGCAGGCAUAGGCAAACUCGGCCCUCCAGAUGUUUUGGGACUACAACUCCCAUCAUCCCUAGCUAACAAGACCAGUGGUCAGGGGUGAUGGGAAUUGUAGUCCCAAAACAUCUGGAGUGCUGAGUUUGCCUAUGCCUGGUCUACAGCAUCUCCCAGUAGUCCUAGAGAGUUUCUGCCAGUCAGUGUAGACAGCACUAAUCUAGAUGUUCAUACUAGCUCAGUCGGUAGAGCAUGAGACUCUGAAUCUUAGGGUUGUGGGUUCGAGCCCCACGUUGGGCAAAAGGUUCCUGCAUUGCUGGAAGAUGACUCCUUUGGUCCUUUCCAACUCCAGAACAUUGUGAUUGUGUGUCCUUGGCUGCGGUUGAGGCCCUGCUGCAGUGCAGUUGUCAGAUGCUCCCAAGGCCUUUCCCCCUCACCCCAUGGCUAGGAGGCAAAUAGAGAUCCCUACUUUGCAAAGUUCCCCUGGUAGUUUUGGAGGUUCUCUGGAAGUGAGAUAAAAGAAGCAGGGGGACUGCAUCCAAUUCUAGGCCUACUCAGAGUAAACACAUUUAAAUCAGUGGAACUGAAACACGAUUUGCUCUCUCUCCUCGGGUCUCAUGCAAACAUAAGUAUAGGAGGUGGUGGGGAAAGAACAUAAGAAGAUCCUGUUGGAUCAGGCCAAUGGCUCACCUAGUCCAGCAUCCUGUUCUCACAGAAGCCACCCAGAUGCCUGUGGGGAACUCUAAAGCACAGGAGCCCUCUCCCUUCCUGUGAUUUCCAGCAACUGAUAUUAAGAAGAAUUUUUGCCUCUGUCCAUGGAGCAGAGGCUGGUAGCUCUUGGUAGCUUUUUCCUCCCUGAAUUUGUGCAAUCCUCUUUUAAAGCCAUCCAAGUUGGUGGCCAUCAAUACAUGCUCUGUGAAGGACUUUCUUUCAUCUAUCCUGAAUCUUCUAACAUGUAGCUUCAUUGGACGUCCACAAGUGUUACAAGAGAGUGAGAAAAACAUUACCCAUUCCUUCGUGCCAUUUUAUAUGCCUCUGUCAUGUCCCCUCUUACUAGCCUUUUCUCUCAACUAAAAUGUCCCAAAUGCUGCAAACAGACCUUGUAGGGGGAAGAGAAUAUAAAGAAGAGCCCUGCUGGAUACAGACCAAAGUCCAGCGCCCCUGAUUCCUGUGCUUGCCAACCUGAUGCCUUUGGGAAGCGCAUGAGAAGGGCAAGAAGGCCUUCUCCAGCUGUUGCUCCCCACUAGCAGAUAUUCAGAGAUAGGUAAAGGUAAAGGGACCCCUGACCAUUAGGUCCAGUCGUGACCGACUCCGGGGUUGCGGCACUCAUCUUGCUUUAUUGGUCGAGGGAGCUGGCGUACAGUUUCCAGUUCAUGUGGCCAGCAUGACUAAGCCGCUUCUGGUGAACCAGAGCAGCGCACGGAAACACCGUUUACCUUCCCACCGGAGCGGUACCUAUUUAUCUACUUGCACUUUGAUGUGCUUUCAAACUGCUAGGUUGGCAGGAGCAGGGACCAAGCAACGGGAACUCACUGCAUCGCAGGGAUUCGAACCGCCGACCUUCUGAUCAGCAAGUCCUAGGCUCUGUGGUUUAACCCACAGUGCCACCCGUGUCCCUCAUUCAGAGAUAUUCAGAGAUAGACUACCCCAAACACGGAGGUUCCCUGUUGCCAUUGUGUCCAGCAGCCAUCAGCAUGUAGCCUCAACCUCCUCCUCCGUGAAUUUGAAUCCCUUUGAACAGCAUUUCAGCUGGCGGCCAUCACCUCGUAUUGUGGCCUUGAGUUCCGUAGGUGAACAUAGGAAGAGUAGGCAGCCCAGGCUCAGCGUUGGGCUCCCUGUCUCCUUGAAAGCUGCACCCCUGCUUCUUUUAGGACAAUAGUUCCCAAAAACCUCACACAUAUGCGCGCACACAUACGGACCACUAGAAAAUUGCAGGCGGUCUUGUCGGGCCUCUUUAUUAUUUGCCUGCAAUGUGCUGUGCGAUGUUUAAUUGUAUCCAUGUUGCUUCUUUUCUUUCUUGCAUUGUAUUCCAAUUUGCGCUGUAGUGCAAUAAAAUACAAUAUAGGAAACAAAAGAAAGCAUUUGGAAUACAGAUAGAAAUAAAUAUGAAUACUUGCUGUUGACACGCCAUGGACUGCCUGAAUGAAGCUCACAGACCGCUGGUGGCUCACAGACCCCUCUGUUUUGAGGGACUGAGAGAAAUAAAGCACUUUGGUCAGUUAAACUGACUUUCUGUUCUGUGCACAAUACACAUUCUCAGAAGUACAGCCGGGCAACCGGAUCAAGAAGAAGGGGAAGAGUAAGUCGCGUGGAGGAACUUCUGUCCCACCUGGAGUAUCUGGUUCAGGUUUCCCUUCUCUCUUCCGCUUUCAGAGAGUAGCCCUGAGCCUCAGCGGAGGAGCAUGGAGGAGCAGCCGGCAAGAGAGCAGCUAUCCCGGGAUGGCCCUUCCGUGAGCACAGGAGACCAGAAGCUCUUUGGCUAUGUGGGGAUCGAGGCCGUGAUGGACCAGAUGCGGAUCAAGACCAUGAAGACCGGCUUCGAAUUCAACAUCAUGGUUGUAGGUGAGUAGCAGGUGCUGUGAGCCACCCUCAGGCUUCGUCAGAUGGGAAGGCCUGGCGUUGGGGUGAUACAGGGCUUAAUUCCUAGAGAUAUAUGCCAGAGCUUCGUUCUCCUUAGAAGAGCCUCCCUGUACUCUGGAAGUCUUUAAAAACACACACACACACAGAGAGAGAGAGAGAGAGAGAGAGAGAGAGAGAGAGAGAGAGGUGUGCAUAUUUAGAAAUAAUUAUCACCCUUUAAAUAGAAAUGCAGUGCAUUUCAUCUUAGCAGGAAAGACUGCGAUCAGGGAACCUUUGCAGUUGCUAAGUCUGUGGUCCAGAUGCUGUGGAUAAGUGACUUGUGGUGUAGUGGUUAAGAGCGGUGGACUCAUAAUCUGGUGAACCGGGUUCACUUCCCCGCUCCUCCACAUGCAGCUGCUGGGUGACCUUGGGCUAGUCACACUUCUCGGACGUCUCUCAGCCCCACUCACCUCACAGAGUGUUUGUUGUGGGGGAGGAAGGGAAAUAAGAAUGUUAGCCGCUUUGAGACUCCUUCGGGUAGUGAUAAAGCAGGAUAUCAAAUCCAAACUCAUUUUCUUCUUUUUCUUCGAGUGCCUGAUCUUUAAGGCAGACUUGGACCAGGCAGCAUUUCAGGAGGCCUUCAAAUAGAGGGCUGUGCUCCAUAACACAGGACCCACAGCCAACCCUCUCUUGAAGCCAGGAUGAAGGCUGUGUUGUGAACUUCCUCCCCUGUAAGGCUUUUAGAGCAUUGCAGGUGUCGAGAGCUCAGGAGGCUGAGUUUGCUCAUAGUUUCCCCUCAGCAGGGGAGAGCGUGGGCAAGGAAAUGGAGGCACCGUCUUUCUCCUCUGCCCACGUCAUGGUCACCGUCUCCAGGCCUCCCCAGCAAAUCUGUUGACACGGCAGAAUUUGGCGUCCCUGGAGAUGCAACUGGGCAAAGGGCAGGCCGAGUGCCUGCAGCUGUAAAGCUGAGCUCAUGUGUGAAAGGAUGAAUAAAGAAGAGACCAGCAUUUGGGAGAAAGCCAAAGGGAGGAUAAAAAGGGGGAGGGGGCUUUGUGUGGGAAUAGGGAGCAGAAGAAAUUUGAUUCAGCUCGCAUUUCAAGGUGAACCCACCUAAUUUGCACGUUCCAGAAAGGUAUGUGAACCAGAACACAACCCUCCUUAAAAAUGUGCACUUCUCUGAGUCUUACAAUGCACAAUAAUUUUUUUGUUGGCAUCCAUCUAUCUCAAAAGACAAUGGAGUGUGCCUCUGGGGGUGAAGUCAAACUUUGCAUUUACAGCACCAAAGUGACUUCCCUGGCACACAAGCCUGGGCGGCAUGCAUGGAGGUCCUGGGCUCUCUUUUGGCCUUGCUGAUGUUGUCCAAAGGAAAGCAGAGCAAUACCUUUGGCAGGUAUUUGUGUAGGGAUUACUCCUGGGCCUUUUCUUCUCCCCAAGAUGUCCUGCAAGGUUGAGCCCCAUCGGCUACCCUCACCUAGUUUGGCCAGCCAGUCAAAGCUGUCUCCCAGGCGCCUCUGUCACAUGCUGACAGCUUCAAGUGAGAGCUAAGUCCUGGGUGGGGUGACCAAAGGUGAACAAAUUACCCCAAGAGGAGCAUGACGUGUCACCCACCAGAGGUACUACCCCUCCCCUAACACCCCAUACACCCCAUGGCCCAGUAUAAAUCUAUCACUAUUAUCGCGUAAGUGGCUUGUUGCAGAAUACACUCACUAAAAAUGGAUGGAGGGCAGAAUCUGGAGAGGACAUAGUCCGGCUCCCUUUCAUAGAAGCUGCUAGUCCCUUUCAUUGUGCUACCCCAGAGGCCAUGAGUCGCUACCCUCAAAUAUGGAAGCUUUGAACUACCUUUAGUGUUGCAGCUGGCGUUCUGCAGCGUCCUUUGGGUUAGUGGGGAGGGGGAGACGCUCUGAGGCUUUUUGUGUAUUUUUUUUCCCUGGGACUCCUCGCCUGCCGUGCAAACCCUCUAACUCUUUCCUAGCAACCUUGUGCCCUUUCCCACCAUCCAGCCUCCUGGAAUUUCUUCUCCUUGGCCUCCAUGCAGACAAAGGCUUUGUCCAGAGCGCUCCUCCAAAGACACACACACACACACCCUCCACCACAACCCUGCGAUGCGCUCAGCAAUAAAUAUUUCCAGAUCAAAAGCCAGAAGCCAGUACGGAGAUGCCAAAAAAGCAGAUCCCAAAUAAGAAGAAUGAUUUUGUUUGGGGCCUGAAACAUCCUCAAGGGAAGAAAGUCGGGAGGAUUAUGGGGAUAAGAUAUUUUUUUAAAAAAAAGAAGAAGACGUGCCGAGCAAAUGCUGCAGCACGCAAGAUGUCAGAUAAAUCCCCAUCAUGGAUUUCCCUGUCCAGGAGGAACUGAUAGAACAGGUGCAAGGAGACAGACUCUUUCGAGAGAUUUUUUUUUUUUCCAGGAGGACUUCAGCUACAAGACAAAUGGGUUUGGCUCUUGGCUGUCUUGCUAAAUAGAUGGGCCUGAGAUGCCAGGGGCUGUAGGCCCUAGUGGAUAAGAGGAGAGGGGGUUGGCUAGGAAGAAUAUAUGCCUCGCUCAUGAGUUAGGACAGGUGUGCAUCAUCUCUUUGAUCCCACAGAGGAUGAGGAAAGGACACACAUUCACCACUGAAACAUCCCCUUGGCUGUGGGCAUCUGCCCCAUGAAUCAGCGCAGAAAAAUGGCAGAUUCCAACUUUCAAAGAAUUUCAACUUUUUUAAACGCACACACACACACACAUUCUUAGGGUUGCAAAAGGAGACAUGGACCUGUGCAGGGAACACCUAGCAAAACCCCAGAAAACCAGAAAGGGGUUAAAGAGGAUUUCCAUCAUGGCUCCCUGAUCUCCUCCCUGACCAACCCCACCGUACUUAACAGAAACAGGGGAACAGGCAAGGCCAGCCCAAGACAUUUUGCUGCCUAAAGGACCUUAUAGUCAUUUCACUGGGCCACCCUCUUUCCCAGGACUGGCCCUAACGUUAGGCAGAGAGAGGAAGGAAGGAAGGAAGGAAGGAAGUUUUGCCGCACUGCCUAAUAAACACACCUGUUCAUUUAAAAGUUCUCCCAAGAAGGGUAAAGUAUCUAAGAGCCAGACCAACCAUUCCAUCUGUGGGAGAAAUGUAGAUGAGAAACAACCAUGUCCAAAAUAAAUAAAUAAAGAUCCACACAAUUUGCAGCAAGGCACAACAAGAAAAGAGCUCUGGCAGAUAUCUGGUAACGCCACCUCUGGAUCUUAUCCAGCAACCUUCCAGAUGACCUGUUUAGUGAGCAUCCAUCCUGAUUUGCUUCCACAAAACAUACACCCGGGUUAGACUAUAUCCAGUCUUCAUGGCGCAUCCCUUCUGAUUUAUUUACAGGGUGGUUACAUGCCAACGAGCAUUCAUCUUGAAUUCACCCUGAUUUGCUUGGCUGGCGACAAUGCAUCUUCUUAAUCGUUUGUUCAUCCCACAAUUUUCAUUCCUUUUCACCAUCACUUUCCUAACUGCAAAAAGCCUGUUGUCAAGUGGGUCUGUUGCACCAGCACAUUAGUCCACUUUAGUUUCAGAAACCUAAAUUUCCAGGAUGUGCUUGAAUCGCUCCUACAAAAUACUGAAGGGUUGAAGUUGCUGCCUAUUGGCUGAUCAGCAAUAACUUCCCACCUGCUUUCUGCGGGGGUUGGCUGUGCUAUUGGGUUCCCCUAGGCAAGCUCCACAGUACAUACAGCCAGUCCCCACAGGUGUACUCUCAGUGCCAGUCAGCUUAUGGGUAGUGACAGCCUCAUAUACUCAGAGUCGAGAGUGGAUUUCAUGCUCUUUAUUCAGCUCAUAGUGGUGAGGAGGAAUGAAUGUUUCCCCAAAGUAUCUGCUUUAUAUACAUUAUUUACACAAUGGGCUGCACGUGAUUGGCUAAUUCCAGAAUUCUCCUGUAGGCCAAUCAGGUUGUGGAUUCACUUCCAUCUGGAGCUGGAUUGGGUGGCUCCUGCAGACCAAUCAUACUGCUGCAUUGUUCUAGGACCAAUCAGACUGCUGCAUUCUGAAUCCUAUUGUUCUAGGACCAGUCAGACUGCUGCAUUUUGUAUCCUAUUCAACAGUACAUAACACUUGCCAAUGGACAGUCAGUAGCACACCUUGAGGCAGCUCUUGGGCGUGGGUUUGGGGGGGUGACUUCCUGGGCCAAACUGGGACCCAUGCUCGGCCGAAUUAGACUGAAUGGUUAAAGUUCCCCACCUCUGAACUACUCUUGCUGACAGUGACUCUUCAGGGUUUCAGACAAGAGUCUCUCACAGUCUUAAUGUGGAGAUGCUGGGAACUGAGAGAUGCUCUGCCACAGUUCUUCCCCAUCAUAACUAAAAGAAGGAGCCUCUUCCUUCACCCCCUCUUGGUCCUGAUCUUGUCCUUGCCCCAUCAGUAGGGCAUCAAGGCUGGACGUCUGCCCAAGCGCCCUUCCUGCCGUGCCAAAGCAAUCCAGCCACGAUGGGCAAUUGGAAUAGAGGACCAGGAAAGCAAAAAGCUGUUCCAGCUGUGACUCCUCCGACCCUUUCUGGAGGCUGCACAUCUGGUUUCAAUCAAUCCUGGGAAACAUUUUUUUCCCGUGCGGAGAAGUUUGACAUUUUUGAACUUAAAAGGGGUGUGUUUGUGCUUGUGGAAGGGGCAGCAUGGGGGUGCAGAUUGGAGCUGCCUGUGACAGGGAGAGGAAAGCCCUAUCAAGCCAGAUAAGCCCUCUCCAGGGAGAGCUUGAAGUAAACAAGAGACAAGGAGAGGCCCAGUCAACAUUUGGGUUUUUAAAAGAAGUGAGAGAGACAAAACCAGCAACGCCGUUGUGUUUCAUGCAUAGUGGAUAAAGAUGGCUCUCCAACAUUUGUAGUAACAUUUUACCAAACCUUUUAGCAUCUUAGGUGUGAACAGCUGAGGUUGGUUGCAGAGUAUGCAAGCUUCUGGGUUCCACUGCAUCCAUCAUCAGGCAAACUAAUGGGAGAUUCUCCUCCCUUUCCCUUCCACUUGAUGGAUAUUUUGACAUCAUUCCAGAGCUUCCUUCCUCCUACACAGAUAUGUGCAAUGGAAUAACAGAAUGAUAAUGGUGGUAGUGAUAAGACAUGAUGAUAAAACCAGCACAUUUCAAAGGCAAGGAGCCACAGGGAUGAACAGAAAACUGUAAGCUAUGGGGCACAGUCUCAGCCAGCCAGGACCCCCAAAAGCAGCUGUGAAGAAAUGAGGGAUUUGGAUCAGGGUCACAGAAUGAGGCAGAAGACCCAGCUUUUUGCCGCUGUUAAUUUCCUUCAACUUUUGAAGUCGGGGCCAUGGCGGAAAUCAAGAGUCAAGACUGUUAAGUUGUGGGUAGACAUAGCAGACGACACAGCGAUUCUUCCAAAGCAGCUCUUUAUUUGUAAGCUGGAACAGGACUGACUGAGGAGCUCAGUCAGCCUGCUUAUAUAGAGCUCCAGAACAAUGUAACUGUUGCCAUUUUCUAAAACUAUCCAAUCACUGAAUGUCACUUUCAAUCCUUCAUUUGCAUACAAACUAUCCAAUCACUGAACGUCACUUUCGAUCCUUCAUUUGCAUAACUAUCUACAAUAUCCCCCUGCUGGUCCAGGGUGAGAACUUCAGUACAUAACAAAGACAUAUCAGGGUUUUGCUAUGUAUUUGAAGGUGUCAUCAGGGGGGCAGACAAGAUGCCCAUUAGACUAGUGUCCCUCAAGUUGUGGCACUCCAGAUGCUGGACUCCAUCUGAUUAGCCCCAGCCAACAUGACCAAUGGCAAGGGAUUAUGGGAGUUGUAGUCCAACAACAUCUGGAGGGCACCAGGUUGGCCAAAGUACUCCAAGUUGCCUUAGGACUGCAGCAAGUUUUUCCUGGUACCCAGGUUCUUCUCAUGGGUCUUCCUCCAAGGAGGUCUCCCUGGGGUCCUGGCCGGAUGGGAUUGUGCCCCAUAGCUUACAGUUUUCUGUUCAUCCCUGUGGCUCCUUGCCCUUGAAAUGUGCCAGUUGAGACUUGUAGGGCAGACGGCAGGGAGACCAACACUAGGUGGAGCCAGAGCCCAAGACAAGCAAGGCCACACCCACGCCAAACAUUUAAAGCCCUGUGAUGCCACUUUAAGCAGCCGGGGCUUCCCCCAAAGAAUUAUGGGAGCUGUAGUUCGUUAAGGGAGCCGAGAGUUGUAAGGAGACUCUUCUGUUCCUCUCAGAGAGCUACAGUUUCCAGAGUUUCUGGGGGAUUGUCGCUCUGGGAGGCGAAUAAGGGUCUCUGAUUUCACUGAAAUUGGUCUCUUAGCCAUCUCUGCUCUAAUCCUGCCUCCCUGGAGCAAUGAAGAACAUGCUUGUUCCAUCUUCUCCCGUGCAAGAGUCCUUCUGAGAUCUGAAGGCUGCCAGUGUAUUAGGUUUGGUUUCACAGCCUUCUCUUCCUCUGCCCUUUUACCCGCAGGUCAAAGUGGCCUCGGCAAGUCCACCAUGGUGAACACGCUCUUCAAAUCCAAGGUCAGCCGGAAACCAACAGGCUCCGGUUACGAGGAAUGCAUUCCCAAGACCUUGCAGCUGCUCUCCGUCACUCGCGGUGAGGACCCUGGCAGAAUUAUUAUUGUUAUUACAUUUAUGUCGCACCUCCCUUCCAAGGAACUCAAGCCAGCAUCCAUGAAUCUCCCCCUUCCCAUUUUAUCUUCCUAACGACCCUGUGACGUAGGCUGAGAGUGUGUGACUGGCUCAAGAUCACACAGUGAGCUUCAUGGCUGAGUGUGGAUUUGAACCCUGGUCUCCCAGUUUCUAGUCCAACACUGUGACCAGUACACCACGCUGCCUCCUCUUUUGCACUUUCAGUGUUCUGAGGGAAACAUCUGCUUCCCCUUCUCUCCUGUACUUGCCAGCCACAAUCCUAAUAAACUCAUAAUUUACCUAGUGUGGCUCCUUUUGUCCUACUAUCAGCCCUCAUUCCCAUAAUUUUUUACCUUUUUUUACACUAGGCUAGUUCACAUUUCACACUCCCCCUUCUCUGUCCUCCAUUGAGGCAAGCAAGAAUAACUCUCAGGGUUCAAGGACACGUUCCAGCCUAGCAAAAUCACUUGAGGAUUUUUUUGGGGGGUGCCAAUCAAGCCUUGAGGGGUGUGGCUUAGGAGGGGGUGUGGCCUAAGGAGAGCUCUGAGGGCCAGAAAGUGUUAGAAACUGAGAGAUGAAAACAAGGAGCUAAAUGGCACCUUAAACCAAGGUUAUGGGCACAACAAUGGAUUGUCUAGGCGCGCUUUUUUAUAACAAGAAUACUAAGCUGAAAAUGAAUGAACUGCAGCUAAAAUAUUAUGUUCAUUUUUCACAUGGUCUAGUCCUCAUCUUAAGCCUGCAAAAUGCAAAGCCAUAUUUCCCCUGUCUACACCCCUAAUAUUCUUAAGAGGGUCUCCUCUCCAGUCUUCAGAGAGUGGCUGGAAGUGGGGAGGCAGAAAAAGGUCCUUCUUUCCUUCCCACAGUGGCACUUUUAAUCUGAAAUCUUAGGCGCAGUACAGUGGCACCUUGGUUUACGAACUUAAUCCGUUCCGGAAGUCCAUUCUUAAACCAAAGCAUUCUUAAACCAAGGUGUGCUUUCCCAUAGCAGCGGGGGACUCAAUUUACAAACGGAACACACUCAACAGGAAGCGAAACAUGUUCUGCUUCCAAGGCAAAGUUCACAAACCAAAACACCUACUUCCAGGUUCGCAGCGUUCUUAAUUCAACUUGUUCAUAAACUAAGCUCUUCUUAAACCAAGGUACCACUGUACUACGCCCAGAGCUCAGAUACUGCUUGCGUUAAGGAAAUUCCCUGUCGCAAAACGCACCUAGAACAAUGGGAGUUUUUAAUGCUGGGACCGGAUGGAAAGGCCUUUGGGGCCAUAUUUGUCUCCUAGCCCUGAGAACCCCAUCUCAGUCUUAGAAGCUCUGCUGAAGGCCAUUGUAUAAAUAUUCUGAGUAAAAUGCAAUGAAUAAAUCAGUCUUUUAGGGAGAGGUAGUAAAGACAAAGUCAUUAAUAACAUCUUACAUUGGAUUCCCUGAUAAUUUUAUUAGGCUAGUUAGAUCCACAAAUAAAACAUAAAGACUUAAUGUGGAAUUUAAUAGCAGCUGCUCACAUACUUGUGGUGCAAAAUGGGGGAGGGGAAUAGGUCGCCACCAACAGUGAAAGAAUGGCUAACAAAAGUUUGGAAAGCACAUGAGCUGAUGGAAUUGAUUAGCAUGAGACAAGGCAGACAAGGGAGACAGGGUCACCUGGCUGUUCUGGUGAGAUGAAUUGCCAUUCUGUUUAAAUUCUAUGCCUCCUUUGCAUCUGUGCAUAUAAAUUAGCACAUGUGCAUUUCAUGCAAACCUGUCUUCUUAUUUUUUAACAACAACAACAAAAAUUAUUUAUAUGGUAAACUAUAAAAAGCAAAGGACAAGUAGAAAAACGCUCAGUCCGAUGUUUUCAGGGCACAGAACAAGUGGAAGUUUAGGCAAGCCCAAAGUGUCUGCAGGCAAAACGGGGAAGAAUCCUCUCUUACUCCAUGGAGGGAGGGGAAGAGGGCAUGGGGGCAUGCGCAGUGAGUCUCUGAGGAGCUCUAUGGAAGCCGUGUAUGUGAGAGAGACUUCUGUGUUAGAGAAGGCAGGAUAAAUCCAUCAGUUUUGCUCUCAGUUUUUCAUAUUUCAAAUUUUAAGUUCACAUUUUGCGAGAAGGAAGUAGGCGAGCUUCCCUUUGGGAUGAGAAGGGCCCCUCAGAGGCAGUGAACUAACACCGUUUCGCUCUGUUUCCCAACAGUCGUUGAAGAGAAGGGUGUGAAGAUGAAGCUGACGGUGACAGACACGCCAGGAUUUGGGGAUCAGAUUAACAAUCAAAACUGGUAUGAGAGAGAACUGAUUGCUGCUUCACUUCUCUUUCUUGGGGAAAGGGGCUGCACUAGGAGUGGAAACAACACAACCGUUAAAAGUGUUUCUGAGGUGUACAUGAAACAUUGGUGGGGCUUCUGUCUUUUGCCUUUUAUAAAUUGGGGUUUGCUUCCAGACAAACUGUUUAUCAAACAUUCUUCCUGAUUUGUUUCCAGGGAGAUGGGACGCUCUCCGCUAUUUUUGAGCAUUCGUUCAGAUUUCUUUGUAAUACAGCAUUGAAUCAUAGAAUCAUAGAAUCAUAGAGUUGGAAGAGACCACAAGGGCCAUCGAGUCCAACCCCCUGCCAAGCAGAAAACACCAUCAGAGCACUCCUGACAUAUGGUUGUCAAGCCUCUGCUUAAAGACCUCCAAAGAAGGAGACUCCACCACACUCCUUGGCAGCAAAUUCCACUGUCGAACAGCUCUUACUGUCAGGAAGUUCUUCCUAAUGUUUAGGUGGAAUCUUCUUUCUUGUAGUUUGGAUCCAUUGCUCCGUGUCCGCUUCUCUGGAGCAGCAGAAAACAACCUUUCUCCCUCCUCUAUGUGACAUCCUUUUAUAUAUUUGAACAUGGCUAUCAUAUCACCCCUUAACCUCCUCUUCUCCAGGCUAACCAUGCCCAGCUCCCUUAGCCGUUCCUCAUAAGGCAGCUCCCUUAGCCGUUCCUCAUAAUUGCAUCAAGCAAGUGUCAUCACACACUUUCCAGUGCAUCCCCCCCUUUCCUUAGUGCACAGAGUCCAAUCUUUUUUUUUUGGGGGGGGGGGGUGCAGAUGCACAAGUCUUCCCAAUCGACUGGAGCCACACAACCUGAAUUUGCCACUGUGUGAGCAUAGCACACCUGAUUUCUGAGUAAAUGCGCAAAGCAGAGCCUUCUACUCCAAAACUGUUGCUACGAGGAUAUGUGCAUGUGAAGCUUUCUUUUCUUAGGGGUGAUUCUGAACCAGGGGUAGGCAACCUAAGGCCUGUGGGCCAGAUGCAGCCCAAUCGCCUUCUCAAGUCUGGCCCGCGGAUGGUCCAGCAAUCAGCAUGUUUUUACAUGAGUAGAAUGUGUGCUUUUAUUUAAAAUGCAUCUCUGGGUUAUUUGUGGGGCAUAGGAAUUCAUUCAUUGUUGUUUUUUCAAAAUUUAGUCCGGCCCACCACAUGAUCUGAGGGACAGUGGACCGGCCCACAGCUGAAAAAGGUUGCUGACCCCUGUUCUGAACAGAGAGGUGAUGGCGGAAGGGUGUGCUUAACCUCAUUUAUACUGCAGAGUUUCUCUACUCCAAAUUAUUCCCCACACCACUGCCUGUUCUCCUUCCUCCAGAGUUCCCAGACAUGGUUUUCCUUUCUCACAUGCCAGGAGAGGAGCAACUUGAAGGGAGAAUUUUCUCUGAGCAUAAGAAUCACCCUCUCUCCUUCCCCAUAGCUGGGACCCAAUCAUCGAAUAUAUCAACGACCAGUACGAGCGAUACCUGAGAGAAGAGAUCCUCAUCAACCGCAAACGGAAGAUCCCUGACACCCGAGUCCAUGCCUGUGUAUAUUUUGUGCCACCAACGGGCCACUGGUAAGCCCUUCUUGCAGGUGGGGGUAGGGAGGCAAGUACAGGUGAUAAGAGUCAUCGUUUUCUCCCUGACCUCACCCACUUUAUCUCUGAUGGUGAAGAAGAUCUUGCAUUAAAGAUACUCUUAUUUCGUUAUCAUCAGGCAUUCUUGGGUGUGUUGGAAUAUGAGAGAGAGAGAGAGAGAGAGAGAGAGAGCGAGAGCGCAGAAAUAAGUAGUCUAGUAAAACAGCUGGUGGAAAGGAUAAAGAAACUUUUUUUAAAAAAUAAUAAUUUAUUUUUCAUUCAUAAAAAUCCAACGGAGGCCACAUGAAUACAAUACCAAAUCAUAAUACAAUCAAAAAAGCCAAUUAACCAGUUCCGAAUUCAAUAUUUUUUAAUGACUUCCUGUGUUCCGUCUGUCAGGAGUUGAUGUUAUUCCUUAAGGAUAAAGAAACUUAAGUCUUAGUGCUUGUAGCAAGCAACCACAAGCUUACAUGUAGCCGUCAUGGAGUCGAGAAGUUAAUAAAAGGAUGGCCCAUGGCAGGAAUAUGAAAAGCCUGAGAGAAAACCCACAGACAAAGUUACUCAGGAAGGAAUCAGCCAGGGAAGAGUAGGCUGCCUUUCUGUCUAUCACCCCCACCCUCCAUCGGUUCAGGUAACAUAUUGCAAGUGUUGUCACUUUGCUUGCAACAGAGUGUAGGGCAGGACUGGGAUCCUGUAGCCCUCCAUAGGUUGUGGGAGCCUGUCUCCAGCGAUGCUGGCUGGGGCUGGUGGGCAUUUGCAGGGCCACAGGUUCCCCAUUUCCCCGCUGAGUCGAGGAAAAAACCAGUGUAGACACUAUGAAUUCUGCUCUUGGAAAUUUAUAUUAGGCCCCACCCUGCCCCUUGGUGUGUCUAGUUUGAAAGCCUAUGCUUUUUCUACUUCCAUUCUGUAAGUUGCUUUGAGACCCCUUGGUGCAGCAAUAAUAAUAAUAAUAAUAAUAAUAAUAAUAAUAAUGCAGGAAACAUAAUAAAUAAUCAUAAUAAUGUCCCAUCAGCUGAGCCUGCGGGCACCACAGAGAAGCACACCGGGGCUGACUUAGGCAUACCUUCGUAUUCGCCAGGAAUGCCUGUCACUUUCAAUUAAAACAAAAUCAUAAAAAUGUCUGCCAGGCUCCUUGUCCCCCAUCCCCUCCUCUCCCUCCGUGUGUGGGUACCGUUAGCCCCAUCGCUCCUUUUCCAACAUCUGUCCCACAGCUGCUUCCUCGCCAUUCUCCCUGCUCCACCCAGCAUAGGUGGGAGGAGAAAGUUGUGUUGAGGCCAAGAAUCCACUGGCUUCCAGGAGAGAGGAGUGGGCUGCUGGAGGGUGGGGCAGGGAGUGCUCUCAGUCACUGAGGGAGGUGAGAACACUCCCAGGACACCUUGCUCUUGCAGUGGGCGUGGGCUGAGAGCAGUGGUGUAGUGGCAAAUCCAGAAGGACGUGUACUUCUGAUAGUCACAGCCCUACCCCCUCACAGCAUGCCCCUUCUAAGAUUAUCUAAUAAUUCCAUAAUUAUUAAAUAGCAGUGCGGGAUGCAUUGCAACAAUCAGUGCAGAUCUCCGUGUGUUGCUGAAAUGUACUCGGAGUCGAGAGUGGAUUUCAUGCUCUUUAUUCAGCUCAUAGUGGUGAGGAAGAAUGGAAGUUCCCCCAGAAUGUCUGCUUUAGAUACAUUAUUUACACAAUGGGCCCCACGUGAUUGGCUAAUUCCGGGAUUCACCUGUGGACCAAUCAGACUGCUGCAUUCUGGACCCUUUUGUUCUAGGACCAAUCAGACUGCUGCAUUCUGAAUCCUAUUGUUCUAGGACCAAUCAUACUGCUGCCUUUUGGAUCCUAUUCAACUCAGUACAGAACAGUUGCCUUUCAGCACCUGCAUGGGCAAAUGAUUUGGAGUGCUCUGAUAUCUUCUUUCGGCGCAACUUUGGAAGUUCCAUUGUAUGAAACAGAACAUGCGCACUGUGCUCUUGAAUCUGAAGCACCCCUUGUGUUUUCAGUGUUCCUAAGUGCUUGGCUUUGGAGCAUACAGAACAACUCCUCGGCGUUCUUUCUGACACCUUCUCCAGAGUGACCCUAGGAGCCAAUCCUCUGUUACCGACUCAACUCAUUUCACUCUGAUUGGCUCUCAUCAGCACAGAGGUUGACAUGACUUCUCAGUGGCUUAAAAAAGGAAGCCCCCCCCCCCCUUUCAUGUUGAUUGGGCAGCUCUGGGGCACUGGAGACAGGGCUCCUACUACAAAAAUAGUAAUGGGUCUUGAGCUUCCCAUGACUGCAUCACUGGCUGGGAGGCAAAAUAAAUGGCCAUCCCUCCCAGCAUAGCCCCACUGAACGCCCUGCAGCCAGCUGCGCCCACACUCCAAAGCUUAUGUUUUCUCUAGAGGGGAUUCCAAUGAGAAGUUGUGCCUUCUCUGUGCUGUGGCCCCCUUGCUUCUGUCAGGAUGUGGCUUCCUGCCAAAAGCAGGGUUUGCAAGCACCAUGAUGAGGUGAUCAGCAGUAUCCACAGAUCCCCACGCAGUUUGAUUUCAAACCAUGCAGGAGGAAGAAAGGGGGGGAGAUGGGGGGGUGAGGUCGGGUGGCGAUGUUUCUAUUUUACUUACUAUAUGUAGGGUUUGGUUUGGUGUCAGCGUUGCUUGUGCAGGUUCUUUGCAGUUCACUUGUGUUCCUUCGGUGGUGAGAAAGGUUGGGGUUGGCCUAGGGUGUGGUUGUUCAUUUGUGGUUGGCUGUGUCAACAAAUGAAACUGAUUUGUAAACAUUUUAUAUGGGGGGGGGGAAUACGAGAGAGAGACAUUGCACACACUUUUGUAAAUCAAGAAAAUCUUUAGCAAAAUAAACCAUGCAGGAGGAAGGAAAAACACUUGAUGACAUCAGGCAGUUGACAGGUGGGUGGCUACCUACCGGAGGGACCUGCAAGGUUCGAGGAGGGGAGGGACCAGCCCAGUAGCCGGAUCCAGUUCCUCAUCCCUGCCCUGUGGAGGCUGGCCUGUUUCCUAGUGCCUCACCAACCUCGGUCUGCCCUCAGCCAGCCCUCACCUCCCUUCCUGCUCAUUUACAGCCAGUACAGUGGCCUUGGCUGCUUCCUUUCUCAGUCUUGGUUGUUGCCCUUGUAGAGUUCAUCAGGAGUGACGUGAACAGGGGCCGAACUAGAAUUAGUUGGCUCCACCUGUCAUUGGCUCUGGCUGCACCUAUUCUUGGGCUCCCUGCCUUCCACGCUCCCAAUUCCAAAGGCCCCCUGCCAUCCCUUGCCGCAAGAGCCCAGGGCACAUGACUCCAAACGACAUCUCUUUUGCAAACACCAAGUAUGCAGGCCAAUAGACCGAGGCUUCCAAUGGUACAAAGAAGCCCUUGCUCAGAUUUCUUCAUAGCAUGAUAUUGGGAAGGAGUCGAGGCUGACUCUUCCGUGUCAGUGGCAAGACCUUCUGUAUCAGAUUUUAGGCUCCCCAUUAAAAUUAGUUACGUGAGUUUACGGGAAAGAGCGAUCCAUUCGGAGGACGCUGAUUAGCAAAUGGUCGUGAUUGAAGAAAAGCAUGCAGCCUGUCUUGAUUUAUCCACCUUCAGAUUAAGCCGCAGCUCAGAAGCAGAGAGUGGCAUCUUUCCUAAUAAAUCCCAUCAGUAGCAGCCACUCUUGUUUAGUUGUUUGCCAGAAAAUGGAUCUCCAGUUUCUCAACACGAGGGCUUUUGCAUACAAACGGACAGAAUAAUCUCUCUUUGGCUGGCAGGGAGAUUUCGCCGACUCAAAGCAACUUCAGACUUAAAUACUUGGAUUAAAUGACACAACAGACCCUGCGAGUGUGAUGGUAACUUCCAGCUUCCUCAAGUAAUGGGGUGGCUGGGCAGUAAGGCCAGGUAACAUGUCACAAACACACUCCCAAUCUUUCCACAAGCAAGAUGGGAACGUUCUGAGCCUUUCUGGCAGCCGAGACAUUGGCUCCAUCCGCAGAAUGUAUUUAAAGCAGCAUCAUACCACUCUGGCUUCCCCCAGAGAAUCCUGGGAACUGUAGUUUAUUAAAGGUGGUAUUGUUCUUAAGGAGACCCCAAUUCCCCUCAUGGAGCUGCAAUUCCUAGAGUUGCUUGGGAAGAAGGAUUGAUGGUUUAACCACUCUGGGAAUUGUAGCUCUGGGAGAGGAAUUGCAGCUCUCAGCACCCUCAACAAACUACAGUUCCCAAGAUUCUCGGGGGGAAGACAUGACUCUCAAAGUGUGGUAAUUGUAUGGUAAGGAUCUGACCUUAUACUUCAAGCCUAGAAGGACAAAUACCCACCAUCAAUUAUGCAGGGUUGAAGGACCUUACUGCCCCUCCUACAAUUAAACAUAUUUCAACAUCAAAUUUGUUUUAAUAUUUAUUGGGACAUUUGGAUGGCUAAUAUCAACUGAGAUAGAUUUAUUGAUGGCCAUUGUAUUAUUAAUGUGGGCUGGUGGUUUAUUUUUCUUCUUUUCCCCCCUUUUUUGUUAGGUUAAACUUGUAAUAAAUUUAUUUUAUUUUAUUUUAUUUUUAAGGGGUAACUUCUAUAGGGCAUUAUCAUCAAGGAGUAUUGCAGAACUGAGGAAUGUUAUUAUGUGUAAGCUUUCAAAGAGCAGAGCCCCACUUCUUCAGGUGCAAGGAGCAUACAGUGGUACCUCAGGUUAAGUACUUAAUUCGUUCCGGAGGUCUGUUCUUAACCUGAAACUGUUCUUAACCUGAAGCACCACUUUAGCUAAUGGGGCCUCCCGCUGCCACCGUGCCGCUGGAGCACAAUUUCUGUUCUCAUCCUGAAGCAAAGUUCUUAACCUGAAGCACUAUUUCUGGGUUAGCGGAGUCUGUAACCUGAAGCGUAUGUAACCUGAAGCGUGUGUAACCCGAGGUACCACUGUAUUCCCCUUCACCCCAGGCUGCAAAAUGAGCCAGUGGAAGUGAAGUGGUUAGGGUGUCAGACUAGGACCUGGGAGGAGAUCACAGUUCAAAUGCAAUAUAAAUGCAGUAAAUGCAUUUAUAUUGGAUAUAAAUGCAGUCAAUAGAAUGUAAUAGAAUGUAAUGUCUUGAGCUGGCCCUUUACAUCACUGCUGCAAGAGACUUCCUGUAUUUCUCCCGUCAGGUUGCGCCCCUUGGAUCUGGAGUUCAUGAGGCGGCUCAGCAAGAUCACCAACGUUGUGCCUGUGAUCGCCAAGGCCGACACUCUGACCUUAGAGGAACGCGCAGAGUUCAAACGGAGGGUAAGAAGAGCAUUGGUGGAAGCAGAAGGCAAUGGCAAAGUUUCCUCAAAUUUGGGUUGCAAUCCUAGCCCUGCAUACCUGGGAGUAAGCCCCAUUGAAUCCAAUGGGAUUUGCUUCUCAGUAGACACAAGGGUGCUUCCAGACCACCUAUUUAUUGAUCAUUCAUCCUGAUUUGCUUGUAUGGAGAUAAGAGAGCGUUGGCUUUUUAAUGAGUUCCCAUUCUGGUCUGUUUGCAGGGUUGUGUCAAAGCAAAUGUUAUCCCACAUGCUUCCCAAGGCAGCUUUCCGUCGUUCUCCUUACUACGCAAAGUCUGACCUUUUUCAGGAAAUGGGUUUGUUGCGCAAGACCUCCCAAUCAACUGUUAAUUGCGCAGCCUGACUUUGCUAUUAUGUGAUGAAUCCUUCCCCCAAAAUAUUGAUGGUCUGGAAGCACCCACGAUUAGAAUUGCACUGUUAUUUUUUUAUUAUUUAGUCAGAAAGAUCUACAGACAGCUUAAUUGCAAAACUGGACUUAAAUCCACACUUAACUUUUGCCCCUUCCUUUCCAGGCACAGUACAUGACAGAGUCAUGUCAUUCUUAACAAAAUAUAUAUUUCAUGUUCAACACAUUCCCAAUUCCGAAUAACGGCAGUUCUGACUAAACAUUCGCUUCUUCACUUUGACAGUACAAGACUGCAGUCUCUUCAUACUGUGCACGGUCGCAUUUGUGUGGUUUUGUAAGAGAACACCAUGUGAAUACUGUACAACCAAGUUGUUGUGUGAUACGUGUGUUGUGUUACACAUAGAAGGGUAAUGUUUGAAGUGCAUGCUUAGUUCAGCAACAAUCGUGUGGGUAUAUCUCACUUAUAUUAGUUGUUACGAUCAUAAUAUUCUCAGCAGGUAUGAAUAUUGUCAUUUUUAUUAUUAGCAUAAAAUCAAGGUCACACUUUGAUUUUAUAUCCUAUGUAAAGAUUUUUAGCUGGUCCACCCUUGCUGGGGGGCCCAAAAACAUUUUUUCACCGGCACCCAAGUCCACUCUCGGCAGCCCUUCUCACGGUCCCUAACAGCUGCCUUCCAAUCUGCGUGUCAGUCCAGGAAAUGUGAAAUCAUGUUAGUUUGCUUUAAAAUGCAGGUGGAAUGAAACCCUCAAGUGUCUGUAGCGCUCAGCAAGCAUCUGUUUACCCACCUGCACUCUGACAUGGUGCAAGCCAGAAGGAGAUUCUCUGCUGUUUGUGCAAAGUGGUGCAAAGACAAGGCGGAAAGCAGGAGAGAGACCCUGGCACCCUGUAGGCUCCUCAUGAGUAUCACCACACACUGGGCUUGAAUUUGCUUUGCUCACAUAACUUUCCUUUGCCCUGGCCACGAAGAAGGUACAUUUCCAAGUCAGCAAGGGGGAGUUCUGGUCUCAGUGCCAAAAACUUUUCUCUUGGCAGAUUCAGGAUGACUUGAAGGCCCACGGAAUCCAUGUUUACCCCCAAGAGGACUUGGAUAGCGACCCCGAUGACAGGCUUUUGAACGACAAAAUACGGGUAAGUGCUGGCAAUCUGGAAAGGGGAGAAAUUGACUUAAGAGUUGUUUGGUGCUUUUUCUCUUUAAUACAUUGUUGGCACUACAGUCGUCCCUUGGAAGUCGAACAGAAUCCGUUCCGGAAGUCCUUUCGACUUUCAAAAUGUUUGAAAAUGAAAGCACGGCUUCUGAUUGGCUGCAGGAAGCUUGGCUUCCAAAAAUAGUUCGCAAACCAGAACAGUUACUUCCGGGUUUGCAGCGUUCGGGAGACAAAACGUUCGGGAACUAAGCUGUUUGAAGACCAAGGUACGACUGUAUUCUCUCUUGUCUCUUUACAUACACACACACACACACACACACACACACACACAGGUGAUUUGUUUCUUUUAUAAUAUUGCGUUGGAAGUAUUUGCCUUUUCAGAAAACAGUACCCUCUGUUUGAAUCAGCAUUAUGUGCCUUCAAACAUAGCCAAAUCUGAUUGGCUAUAUAGCAUUGUGGCCUACUUCCUUUUGCUAUGUGAUCCCUGAUUGACUGGGAUUAUCCAUAGGCCAAGUCUAGGGAGCAGGGUCCUCCCUCUCAGAUAUAUUCAGUUUGCUCUCAGUGAAAGCAAAAUGUAAAGGACUGUGUGGUAUUCUGACACACUCCCUAUCAACGACGCAAUCCCUGAUUGGCCGGGUCUCAUCCAGGAUAAAGGCAGUUCAGUAAACAGAAGGAGGGAAACAUUGGUUGCCUUGAGGUCUACCAGAGGGCCCAGGCUUUGAAGUGUCCCUCCAAAAGCAAAUUAAAAGAAAAGAAAUUAUUUUUUAAAAAAAAACAUUUUUCAGGAUUCCAGUAGGAAAUGGAAGUGUGCUUCAGUUCAGCUGAAGUUCUGUGUUCUUUUAAAAAAACCUAGUGUUUAGGCAUGGUGGUGGUGCUAGCCAUGUUGUGCUAAUUUAUUUAUUAUUAUUUAUUUCAUUUCACAAAAAUUACAUAUUGUUUAAAAAAACAAAACUCAAAGAUAAUGGAACCAACCCAUUAUCAGCACCAUCCACAGUCUGCAAGUACCAGAUGUUCACUAACAAGGCAGGGAAGAUGGUGUUCUGCUCCUUUAACAGCAUCUACACAUUUUUCACUUCAAGUGCUGUAAUACUAGAGCUUUCCAAGAAAAGGUGUGGCGGCAGGGGGAGAAACACCCUUGUUCUUCCCUGGACUGAUGUCCCUCUCAUUCUCUUAAUCAGGAGAAAAUCCCCUUUGCAGUGGUGGGAGCCGACAAGGAGCACCAGGUGAACGGGAAGAAAGUCCUGGGCCGCAAGACCAAGUGGGGGAUCAUCGAAGGUAAACCCUUCUGGACUGGGGAAGCCCUGGAGGAGAACUUGUGCAGGUUGGAGGGAAGGGCUGUAGUUCAGUGUCAGAGCAUCUCAUUUUACAUGCAGAAGAUCCCAGGUUCAAUCCCCAGGCUCUCUUCAGGCUGCCUGAAAUUCUGGAGAGUUGCUGGGUAGGCAACCUAAGGCCCGGGGGCCGGAUCCGGCCCAAUCACCUUCUAAAUCCGGCCCGUGGACGGUCCAGGAAUCAGCGUGUUUUUACAUGAGUAGAAUGUGCCCUUUUAUUUAAAUUGCAUCUCUGGGUUAUUUGUGGGGCAUAGGAAUUCGUUCAUUUUUAUUUUUCAAAAUAUAGUCCGGCCUCCCACAAGGUCUGAGGAACAGGGGACCGGCCCCCUGCUGAAAAAGUUUGCUGACCCCUGGUAUAGACAAUACUGAGCUAGGAGGACCAAUGUUCUGGCUCCACAUAAGGGCAGCUUCCUAUGUUCCUAUUUAAAUCAGCUCUUUAGUCCAGAUCAUGAGGACUAGAAACUUACUUUCAAGGAAGGAUCAUAUAGCUCAGUGCCAAAGCAUCUGCUUUACCUGCAGGAGGUCCCAGGUGCAAUCCCCAGCAUCUCCAGGUAGGGCUGGGGAAGGGAGAGAGAGACCCCCUGCCUGAAACCUUGCAGAGCUGCUUCCAGUCAUUGUAAGCAAUAUACUGAGCUAGACGGCCCAAUGCGCUGGCUUGGUAUAAGACAGCUUCUGCGGCUUUGGGUCCUCCUGCCAACUGCUCACCCAGGAGAGAGGCAUCUGGGGGAGUCUUGCUCUGCUUCCUCUCCAAUCUUAGGCGCAGAGUUCAACCUGCAGAGCAUGGUUUUCCACUCCCCUCCCCACCACCCCACGGUGCAUUCCACACUGACAGCAGCAAUCUGCCCCAUCCACGGGCCAGCAUAGUCCUGCUACUCCCACCUGGGGGGAAAAGGAUGCUGGCCAAAAGCAGAGGGAGAGGUGCUUUGGCGGAACAAGAAUCAAGCAGGGGAAUUUUUUUCCUGCCUUUGAGCUGUAUUGUCAGAGUGCCGUGCUCUCGUGCACAGAAGCACCCCUGUUUCCCAGGGACAUCCAGAAUCCUCACCCCAAAUUAAUCCUGUUUGGCACAUCAAAAUAAAUGCUUGUGUGAACUGCCUGCAAUAGCGCUAGAUCCUGUGGACUGGCUUGCAAUAGUGUGAUCUGACCCAAAUGCCUCACCCCCAAAACUGUUCUAGCUGACAGAUUCUGCCCCAGUGGAAGUUUUCCAAACCAUCCUCAAGGGCAGCCCCACGUAGAAUGCAUUGCAAUCCACAGGGACAUAGGAAGUUCCCUCAUAGUACCAAGUCAAGCCAUUGGUCUAUCUCGUUCAGUAUUGUCAACACUAAGGGCUGACCCAGACCUGCAUUUACGCCCUGCUUUCCCCCUGGGAAGCCAAUCUUUACUGCUGAAUUGGAGCAAACAUCAUCCGGGUUUUCUCCAGACUGAUGUUUGCUCUGAUUUAGCACUAAAGAGCAGGUUUUCUGGGGGGAAGCAGUGGGGUGAAAGCAAAAAUGGUUGGAUUCAUGAUUUCUAGGCAUGAGUCACACAGAAGUGUGGACGAGCCCUGAGUGGCAGCCGUUCACCAGAAUUUCUCCAGGGUCUUUCCCGUUCCUACCUGAUGGCCCCAAGGAGUGAGAUCUCCCUACCUAGAGAUCCAAGGGGAAAGGCCACAGCUCAGUGACAGAACAUCUGGCUUGCACAAAAGAAAGUGUUGGUUUCAGUUCCCAGCAUCUCCAGGUAGGGCUAGGAAUGCCCUCAGUCUGAAAUCCCAGAACGCCCCUGCCAGUCCGUGAGGACAACACUGAGCUAGAUGGAGUCUUGCUCUAAGGCAGCUUCCUAUGCCUUGGAGGGCUCAUGCCUUGAGGAGUUGCACAGAUUGCGAGAAUUCUGGGGAAGGGCCAUAACUCACCGGUAGAGCACCUGCCUUGCAGACAGAAGGUCACAGGUUCAAUCCCCGUCAUCUCCAGGUAGGGCUGGGAAUGUCCCCUGCCUGAAACCCUGGGAAGAUGCUUCCAGUCAGUGUAGACAGUAGAGACAGAGAGAGGCCAAUUGGUCUGAUUCAGUAUAGGUUCCUGUGACCAUGUCAUCUGCCACUGAGUUGCAGACAUGUUGUCGGUUCACCAGGUUGAAUUUUGAUGUUGCUUCACCAAAUUUAGUUUUAACUUGCUAAAGGUUGCAGUUGUGGGUUCUACAUUGCAGGCCUCCUCAUUUGGGUGGCGCCAUCUGAGCUUGUUCUGCUGAUUUCCCAGUGUGUCACUAGUGAGGAUCGGGAAUCAAGGACUGGCCCAGCUCUGCUGUAGCUUGCAGGAAGAUCUUAAGGGCUAAGUGAAGUUCCUGACCAGAACUGCCUUCAUACUUUCCAGCUGUCUCUCCCCAUCCCUCCACACCACCACAAACACUCUCCACUGGCUUGUAUUUAGAAAUCUGCUGCCCUCUGGUGUUAAGCAGUCUCCUUGCAGGCGUACCUCUAGGGAGCCCGGACCUUCCAAAGCAUGGGUAGGCAAACGAAGGCCCGGGGGCCAGAUCCAGCCCAAUCGCCUUCUAAAUCUGGCCUGCAGACGGUCUGGGAAUCAGCGUGUUUUUACAUGAGUAGAAUGUGCCCUUUUAUUUAAAUUGCAUCUCUGAGUUAUUUGUGGGGCAUAGGAAUUUGUUCAUAUUUUUUUUCAAAAUAUAGUCUGGCCCCCCACAAGGUCUGAGGGACAGUGGACCGGCCCCCUGCUGAAAAAGUUUGCUGACCCCUGUUCCAAAGCAUUGCAUUAUGAUCUCCCGAUUAGACCCAACUCAGCAGCUGGGGAGCUGGGGGCGAUGCUGAAAGCAGGAGAGAGGGACACUUUGUCUGAUCCAGCAGGGCUCUUCUUAGCUCAUGUUCCUACAAGGCAGCCUUCCUCGACCCAGCUGUCUUGGACUACAACUCCCAUCAGCCCAUGCUGUUUGGGCCUCAUGGGAGUUGUACUCCAAAAUGUACAUGCUGGCUGGGAAUGAUGGGAGUUGUAGGCCACAAACAUCUGGUUAGGGAAGUCUGCUAUGAGAUGGCAUGGAACUGCUCUUUCAAGCUUUGGGUGGGGUGAGCAACAGAGACACCUGGCUCAGUCCAUCCUUGUCCCCUUCUGACACAUUUGCCUCGCUGUCACUGAAAAUGUUCAGCUGUCAUCUGCGCUUUCCUUUCAGUGGAAAACCCGGGCCACUGUGAGUUUCCUCUGCUGCGGGACCUCCUCAUCCGGUGAGUUGUGGGAGUUGGAAGUCUUGCUACUCUUUUUACUUUGAAGGAAGGGCUCCCUGUUGAAGCUUUUGAGCAUGACUAUCUGACAGGGCAGUGGGGGGUGAAAUAUGUAAAUAAAACUAGCAGUUUUAAAUACGUAUACAGUCAAACCUCGGAUCCUGAACGGCUCCGUUUUGGAACGUUUCUGCUCUCGAACACCGAAACCCUGGAAGUAAAUGCUCUGGUUUUCGAACAUUUUUCAGAAGCCAAAUGACUUCCGGGGAGUUUAUUUCUUUUUUUUCUCCAUGGACUUUGCUGAACGCCCUUUGAUCCUUGGUUGUUGAAUGUUUCGGAGUUCGAACGGUCUUCUGGAACGGAUUAUGUUCGACAACCAAGGUUUGACUGUAUCAUAAAACAGCAUGGCCUAUUAAUAUACAGGUCAAAGUGUUUAUGCCUUGGUAUGCUUCCUUCAACAACAACAAAGUUUUUAGCAGCUGCCAAAAACAGGACAGCAAAGGUACCUGGCUAAUACCAAUGGGCAGGGAAUUCCAAAGAUUCAGGUGUCACUGCACCAAAGGAUCAGCUCUGCAGAUCAAAGGGUUUGAUUGGGCAUAGAUGGGGUCAACCAAGAUGACCUUGUUUUCUUAGGGCUCUCCAGGAGCCUGGAACAGGAAUGUGACCAUUGUAGUCCUUCUUUGUGGGGUGAGGACAGAGGGUCUGACAGAUGGGGAAGGAGGAGGAGGAGGAAGAAGAAGAAGAAGAAGCACCCUCCCCAUCCAUCUAUCUGGCCAGGAGGGAAGGGUCAUUGGAAACCUUGACUUGCCAGGCGGCUCCAACUUCUUCCUCUUUUCCUCUCCCUUCCCAGAUCCCACCUGCAGGACCUCAAGGACAUCACCCACAGCGUGCAUUACGAGCAGUACCGCGCCCAGCGCCUCAACGAGAACAACCUCCUGGCCACGGGCGGCAAGCAGCUGGCCCUGAGCUGCCUCAAUGGAGAGUUGGAGAGCCAACUUUGAGCUGCGGGGACAGCUUGGCCCCUCUUCCUCCUCUCCAGCCUCAACAGACACCCUCCACCAAUAGCUUCAGUGGACUGGUUCCCCUCUCCCUCCCCCCGAACCCCCUCUUCCGGGAACAGCUGGAGCAGAGUUCCUGAGCCCCCAUCUCUGACGAGGACAAGCAGCAGCUCUUGACUGGGAAAUCUCAACUUUGCUGCCGGGCGCCUUCCUGCCCCUUCCUUUCCGUCUGCCUCCUGCUCAGCCUCACACCUCAGAGCAGAAGGACACUGGGAGGGUGAGAGAGCCCAGCAGCCCACCUUACCCCUCUCCACCCUUGGCAUCUCAUGUGGGACACCGUUCUUUGUCUUGGCUCAGCCUCUGCUUCUGAGCCAAGCAGUGCAUGUGACCCUGGGGAGACCUCCUUGCCGCCUGUUGAGGCUGUCCCCUCCUUCCAGACUCCACUGCUUUGUCAGGCAACCCACUUGUCCCAAUGGGCCCUGGCAGAGCUGGCCAAUUUCUUUCCUUAACCCUUAAAUGACACCACACCCAUGUGUGUUUCUUCUAUGACAUUUUUAUCUCCAAUAUGCUGGCAAUACUAGGACAGUUCUCCUUCAUAUUCGUUGGUUGGCAGAGGGGGAGGGGGGAAGGCAGGUAGCAGAGAGCUUUUGAAGGGCCUGUAAUGCAUGAAAGGUUAAGCCCGCCAUCCCUGAGGGCAAAGAGGGAGCCCCAUUUCAGACCCUCCUAGGCUGGGGUUCUAGCAACUGUCAUAGCCCACAUGCGAAAGCAAAGAGAAUCUUCUGGAGAAGUUUCCGCCUCCCAGUGUUCCUGCAGGACUUCAGACUGGCUCUUUGGACCAUCCUCAGUUUGCAAGAGCCAGGGAGGGGGCGUCAUUUGAAGGCUACUGCAUCGAGCCAGGAGGCCAAUAACCCGCUUGUACAAUAAAAACAUCUGUGCUGAUUGAAGCAAAACUCCCUCUUCAUAUCUCUUGCCCCCAGAGAAGAGUCUGGGGUUGGGAAUUAAGAGAAGACCAUUUUCCAGCUGGUCCCUUGUUGAUGCAGGAGCAGUACAGGAGAACAGCGCCAUCUCCUGGAAGGAGGUCAGCCUGCCCAGGCUCACGUUUUCAUCCUUCUACUUUUAUACUCUUGGGCAGGGGGCCUGUGGGCAGAUUGUGCUUCUCCAGUUAAUCCAUUAAAGAGCAACUGUAGAAGGUUGUUG